GGCAUGCCGAAUGGCUGAGGCGCCUGGCGCUGCUGCUGCUGCUGCUCCUUCUUCCCGCGACGGCAGACGGGCAGCUCCGAGCCGGGCGGGGGAAAGCGGACCCACUCCCUGCUGCCGCCGCUGCUGUCACCGGAGCCGCUCAGCGCCAUGGUCUCCUGGAUCAUCUCCAGGCUAGUGGUGUGAGUAGCCCGCGCGGGGGUGUCUCCCGCCGCGCGCCCUGCGCUUUUGGGGAACCCCCAGCCUUUUUGCAAGCGUGGUGGGCCAUAGGAUUGCAUGGGGUUGUGGGUCUCCGUCUCUGUCUCCCGUGCGCAACGCAGCUUUCCACCCAACGCGCCCCGGGCUAAGAAUAUCUGCCCAUCUAAUUAUAGCCUUUCCUUCACAGGCUGCCGCCGGUGCUUGGGUUUUUUUCCCCCUUUUCUUUCUUGCGCUCAGCAGCAGGAGAUCGGCGUGGGUUUGGGUUGCUUUUUUUUUUUAAUACAGCAAAGGGAAGAUGUGCAUUUUUGGGGUAUUUAAAAAAAACACCCCACAAAAUCCUAUAUUGGCUCGGCGCUGCCGGGUAGGGGUAAAGUCAGGACGGAUGCACGCGAAAGCGGGGUUGCUUUUUGCAGCGUUUCCCCUCUGCAAAUGGGGACAAAAAUCGAAUAUUGGGAAGGGCGGCAGGGAAAUUGACGCUUUGUUGCUGGCAAUACCUAUUUCUGUGGGGUGGGGGCUCGCUAGAGGGCGCUGUCUGGAGCCAUCCCAUGGGAGGUGGGAGCAGAGAGAGAGGGGUCCUAAUUUAUUUUUUGGUUAAGCACUGUUUACCUUACAUGAUUAAAAUGGGGGGCAGAGGAUAUGUGGGGUUCCCUCUCUUUGAAACCAAAACAAAAGAAAAACCCAUAGCCUUUCUGGAAAAGCCUUUCUGGAAAAGUGGAGGAUUCUCCUGCUUUCAACAUAGCCUUUGAUGGUGAUCUUCACAUGUCAUGGAGUGUCCAGGCACGCUGUACAGGAAUCCCUGGGAAAUUCUCCCCAGGAAGCAAACAAUGGAGUCUGUUUCCAUGACCAUUUGCAUCUAGAAAGGGAAGGGAGUUGGCCUACAACAUGUGCCCGCAACAUGAAGCUGGUUAUCCUCAUAGAUGCUGCUUUUGUAAAAGAAAUGUAGCUUGCCAAAGUUAGGAGAGCAACAGAAUGAAUCCGAAUGUGGAUUUUCCUUGGGCUUCCUCUUCUAGAAUGCUGAAGGCAAUUUGUUAUUGCAGGCCCAGUGCCACCUUUGUCUGGAGAGAUGUGCUAGGAUAACACCCGGUUCAUCCACCUGGCUUCUGUCUCUGCCCACCAGUCCGAAAGAUGGGAAGAGGGUGGGAUUGAUUUUUGAGCUUCCUCUCUGCGAGCCUUUUGAUGGCGGAUCAUGGCAAGGGUUGUAAGAACAGAAGCCGGCAAGUUAUAUGAUCCUGAUCAAUCUGCAGCUGUCAUUUUCUGUGGUUGAGCUUGCACUUUGCUAGGGUGAACCAUGUUAAAUAUCAGAUGGGUAUUUUGCAAACAAGAUAAGUCUUUUGCUGAUCUUUUUUAAAAAUAAGAUGGCACUUUAAGGUUUUGUUCUGAAAAGCUGUGUUUUCUCCACAUAAUUUACAUAGUAUUUCCAAGUGUGUGAUUGGCAUAGUAUAUCUAAGCUCGUGUUUAAAGAUGCUGUUCCACUCUUCUUUGUUUUUGGCAUAAUUUCGAAUAUAGUCUCUCAUUUGACUUUUAAACUCAGACUCAUUUUUAAACGUCUAGUAUUAAUCUGUAUACAGUAUUUGCCUCCUCCCAUCUUGUGAAGCUUUGUUGAAAUAGUGUCGAUUGGUGUGUAGUUCUGGGAAACAAAGGCAGCCCAAGGAACGGUCGUAUUAUGAGUGAGGUCAUACAUCACACAGUUUGAAAGGCGUGGGGUGGGGUGAGGAAGAGAAAAGCAUAAGUGCACCUACAGUUCUUUGUUGCACAUGGUCUGCAAGCAGAAAAAGUAUGACGCGACAUCAGGACUUGUAGGAAUAAAACACAAAGUUGCUUGAUGGUGAAGAAUAGCCCUCGUUAAAUACUAAGUAGAGCAGGGGUCAGCAAACUUUUUCAGUAGGGGGCCGGUCCACUGUCCCUCAGACCUUGUGGGGGGGCCGGACUAUAUUUUUUUUGGGGGGGGGAAUGAACAAAUUCCUAUGCCCCACAAAUAACCCAGAGAUGCAUUUUAAAUAAAAGGAUACAUUCUACUCAUGUAAAAACACGCUGAUUCCCAGACCGUCCGUGGGCUGGAUUGAGAAGGCGAUUGGGCCAGAUCCGGCCCCUGGGCCUUAGUUUGCCUAUCCAUGACAUAGAGGAAAUGGUUUCUUACAGUACAGACCACCCCUAGAUUCCCUUUCUGAAUGUGCUAGGUUGUGUGUUAAUGGGGUGUGAAGGCAGUCUUCAGGUCAUACAAAUUUGGGUUAGGGUUUAAAUGGAAUUGUUCCGAAAUAUAAGCAUUUGAUCGAAGUAGCCUCCAAAGCCUGCUCCCCAUUACCCUAUUGCAAUGAACAUAUGGCUAAUUCAGAGCAUGGCCAUUUGAAGCAAAUGUGGAAAGUUGCAAGGGAGGAAUGCACAAGAAUGCUAAAAGUUUAAAGUGCUGGUUGAGUCCCAGCCAGGGUCUGUUGGCUCUGAAGUUGGGAAUAUUCUGAAAGCGGCAGUUGGGAGAAAUGCAAAAAUCAAAGGAAACUGUAGAAUUAUAGAAUUGUAGACCUGAGGGUCAUCUCAUCCAAUCCCCCUGCUAUGCAGGAAUCUCAGCUAAAGCAUAUCUGAGUUGCCCCACAAGAAAAAACCAAACUCUUAAACAGACAAUCAGCAUAACUAGCAUCAGAGAACAGGCAUCUACCAUUUCUGGUUGUCAGGAGUCCAGGUUCCCAGCUUGAUAACACAGUAAGUGUAGGUAAUUAAAAAGGAGGAUUUAUUGCAAAAACAAACAGAUAGCUCCAGACGGCUCUAACAAAGCCUCCGGCAUCAUCACUCAAGAUGACCCUUCUGAAGAUUUCUUCUGGUGUUGACAGAAGAUACUGAACUUAUGACUCUUACGUCUCUUGUUUUGCUUCCUGUCUAGUAGCCCUCCCAUUUGCCAACUCUUUGGACUUAUUGGUUUAGCUCCAACCUCUUCCUGUUCUGAACAUGCUAUCUGUGUGUUUGUUCGCGCCUGUUUGGGCUUCUUGCAAGCUUUGUGUUCUACUCUGCUCUCAGCUACUGCCUUAUCAGCCUGCCCUUCAAGGUCAGGAAGAGCCGAAGUCUGCAGCUGCCGGCUCUCCCCUGCCUGUCUAACAUCUAAGCCUCUCUGUUCUUGGCUGCCUUCUGCAGUUGGCUGCAAACCUUCGCUAGGAGCUGGCUCAUUCCUGACACUGAUUGACCUGGUGACAGUGACGUAGCCAUGGUGGGACCUGGGUAGUCCUGGCCUUUGUAUUUCAGGUCUAUCUCUCUCUUGGUUCUCAAUGGGUAAACCUGUGGUCCAUAUGUUGGCAGACCUGGCAUCAGGACAUCUUCCCACUCACUGCUGAAACCUUCAGUUAUUUCCCAGGCUCCCUUCGCCUUCUCCAUCCCUUAAUUCAUUGGACUGCUGCUACAGUCAACUUCACAGCUCUCUCUUCACUGCAGUUCUCGUAAAAACGAACCCCCAAAGUGCCAGGUUAACAAUGCCAGACUACGCUUCAGGAUUGGCAUACACUGUCUCCUCCCCAUCUUCAGCAAAAGCAACACUGGGUUACUUUUCUGGGCUGGCGUAACACUCCUUCUCUCAGCCACAGUCCUGCUCUCUGCGACAUGGGUAUAGUAGCAGUGGACUUUUAUCUACAUUGGCAUUAACAGAGCAAUUUAUAAAAUAUUUAUCAAGUCAAAAGGAAAUCACAUUUUUGGGGGGUAGGAAAAAAGGCCUUAGCUGGAAAGAACACGAGUUCUUGACUUUGCUGCUACUUUUUUGUUUGGAGUCGACACACUGCUUCCCUGUCAUAGCUACAAUAAAACACUGACUUGUUUUCUAUGGAGCAGCUAUCACUUCUCUAGUAGGGAAGACCAGCAGAAUACAGUGGUACCUUGGUUUACAAACUUAAUCCAUUCUGGAUGUCAGUUCUUAAACCAAAACCGUACUUAAACCGAGGUGCGCUUUCCCUAAUGAGGCCUUCCACCGUUUGGAUUCCGUUCUUAGUCUGAGGUAAAGUUCUCAAACCAAGGCACUAUUUCCGGUUUUGCAGAGUUUGUAAACCGAAUCAUUCGUAAACAGGACUGUUCUUAAACUGAGGUACCACUGUAUGCUUAAAUGCAAAGCAAGGGUCUAUAUUGGGCUUUCCUCUUCAGCCUUCCCUAAUUGGCUAGAUCUGCUUUCCUAAAUCUUAGUCAUUGCUAUGGCUUCAUUCAUUGGCUAAAAACACUGAAAGGUGGAAGCAGGCUGGUUUCUUGAAAAACAAACGAGGGGGGAAAGUGCCUGGACAUUUUGCCUCCGAUCUCAGGUUAUGCAAAUGCUAAAAGCUUAACUAUUUUUUUAAAUUAAAAAAUGGGAAAAUGGGGAAUCACAGUUCAUCUGAUGGAGCAGAGCGACUGUGUCCCCCCACCCCACCGCCAUGGACAUUCACGAUGGCCACAGAAUCCCCAUCCUUUCUCUGUACAGAAAAUUAGGAGACAAGCAAGGUACUGUAACUGGAAGGAACAGGAAUUUGGCAACGCAGGAUGGACACAAAGCUGAACAACUACAUUGGGCGCUAGGAGCAACAAUGGCCAAAACCAGACAAACUGGAAGUAUUGUUGUUGUUGUUAUUAUUAUUAUUAUUUAUUAAAUUAAUAAUAAUAUUAAUAAUAAUAAUUUAUAUUUAUAUCCCGCCCUCCCUGGCCUCAUUUGAGGAUCACAGGGCAGUUUACAAUACAAAAACACAAAAAUGCAUUGCAUAGUAACAAACAAAAACAAGAGUGGUGUUAUGAGGCCUGAUCUUUGGCUCUGGGCACCAUAUUGCCUGUCUUCACUCCUUUUUCUUUUUUCUUUUUUCUUUAAAAAAACCUGCUAACAGAACAGCUGGACUUGCUGCAAUGUGUAUUGCCAGGGAGCCCUUCAGUCAUCAUCUGAAUUUGUGAAGAGGCCUCAUCCUGUAUCAAUGAGUAGAAUAAGCAAAUUUUGUACAAAUUUGAAUCAUGGGCCAUAUAAACCCUUUAAAUAUCUAGCAGCAGCCCUGGGCCAAAGUAGGAAGUUCUGAAGGGAGGAAAGGCCCUUUAUGUCACCCACCAGUUGAUUUUGGGAGCGUCUAUUCCAGCCUCCCCCACCCUGGUGUCCUCCAGAUGGUUUGGUCAUUGGCCAGGGUUAUUGAAGGGCAGCCGGUGAGGGAAGGCUGAUGUAGCCCCAUUCAACCUACCUAAAACUAUCCAGACCCUUGGGGGGGGCGUUACAGGUUUUAGGAGUGAGGCUGUACGUGGCCAACCUAUCCGAGUUAGUGGGCACACUUGGAAUUUUCAUUAUGGUUGCCAUUAAUUUGAUUUGAACUGAUUUUAUAAUGAAUUGAUUUUAGAAUGCUGUAUUAUUUUACUGUUGUUAGCCAGCUUUGGCUGGGGAGGGCGGGAUAUAAAUAAAAUUUUAUUAUUAUUAUUAUUUUAUUAAGUGGCGUGGGCGCCGGUCACAAAAUGGCUGCUAUGGAAGUGUGGCGUCACACAAAAUGGCUGCCUCAUCUAAAAGCAGACAAGAGAGAGCCGCAUAUUCUCAGAAAAGGGGCAAAAAGGCACCUAUUGCUGCCCUUACUCAGAGAGAGAUACUCUUUUUUCAGAACAGAAGAAAGGGAGGGAGGUCCAGUCCUGGAAUCCAAUGUCAUGUGAACCUGUUUAAGGGAAUGUGUCAAUGCGAGGCAGUGUCAACCAUUGCAUAUGGUGGCUUUUUGAGGGGAAGUUCACUGAGGCUACUUGCAGGUGUCAUAGGAGGUUGUUGUUGUUUAGUCGUGUCCGACUCUUCGUGACCCCAUGGACCAGAGCACGCCAGGCACUUCUGUCCUCCACUGCCUCCCGCAGUUUGGUCAAACUCAUGCUGGUAGCUUCGAGAACACUGUCCAACCAUCUCAUCCUCUGUCGUCCCCUUCUCCUUGUGCCAUCCAUCUUUCCCAACAUCAGGGUCUUUUCCAGGGAGUCUUCUCUUCUCAUGAGGUGGCCAAAGUCUUGGAGCCUCAGCUUCACGAUCUGUCCUUCCAGUGAGCACUCAGGGCUGAUUUCCUUAAGAAUGGAGAGGUUUGAUCUUCUUGCAGUCCAUGGGACUCUCAAGAGUCUCCUCCAGCACCAGAAUUCAAAAGCAUCCAUUCUUUGGCAAUCAGCCUUCUUUAUGGUCCAGCUCUCACUUCCAUACAUCACUACUGGGAAAACCAUAGCUUUAACUAUACAGACCUUUGUUGGCAAGGUGAUGUCUCUGCUUUUUAAGAUGCUGUCUAGGUUUGUCAUUGCUUUUCUCCCAAGAAGCAGGCGUCCUUUAAUUUCGUGGAGGUACAUAGGAGGUACUGGUGAGCAUACUGGGGCCCUCAGACACCAUAUUGGCAACCUCUGCUCUGUGUUCACUGGGAAGAAUGAUGGUCUCCUAACAGGAGCCUCCUUUAAGGCGAUGAAAGGCACUCACAGAGGCUGUGUGAUGUGCACCAUAGUGAGCCCCUCCCCACUCAGAUUUUCCAUUAGUUCCAGCACAAUCAUUUUUGCAUUUAAUCACGUUCCUCUAUAUCUGCUUUCUGCAAAUGAAAGCUAGCUUUUCAAAUCUCUAUCCUUGUCUGGGUUCCGCUGCAUUGUUGGUCUAUUCAAAUAUUGUGGAGACGCCGUAAUGAAAUGUAGGGCAAUCUGAGCCCCGUUCAGUUAAACUGCCUCUGUCUUUCUUUGUGUGAUUUAAUUUUUAAUGUGUUCCAUGUGCGCUGAGGUCUGGUCUUAACCUACACGGAUUUCUGGUCUCUUCCAUCCUGUAGCUGCACCCUUAAUAAAACAGAUCAGCUGACAGAAACUGAUUUCGGAACUAUGGCUAAAAAUUUCUGUUUGCUUUGUUGGAAGUCUUUGUUCUAGCUUUCUGAGGACUGCAGAUUGCUUGUGGAGCUUAUGGCAAUUGCUAUCCUUUUCACUGAGCGAUGGAUUACGUUAGGUUUCCCUGAAGCAUCUUUAGAUUGGAAGUUGAUAAGACAAGGCAGUCCCCAUCAUGCCAUAUUAUGUUGACACAGCACAUUCCAACAUCACGUAAUAGUAAAUUUAAUCAAACCUACCCUCUUAUGUCAAGCUGCUGUAGAUAAUUUCACUCGCAGCAGUACCAUUGCUUUCAAUUCUAACAGAUUAUGUUCAUUACAUUACUACCCUAGUAUAGAUGUUAAAAGGAUACAAAUUUCUUCCAUUUCAACCAAAGGUUUCCUGAGCCUUUGAUUGAUCUUGGAUCUGAGUUUUCAUAUCAUUCCAGAACCAGAUGAUAGGAACUGGGUAGGGGUAUCAUCUUUUGUCCCUUUUGGGAAUUUCCUCAUUCUUCAUACACACUUGUCAAAAUCCUAGUCUUUUGUCAAUUUAAUUGCUCGGUGAUGGAUGGGAGGACCAGAAAGUGGAAGGAGAAAGGAGUGGCGCUUUCUUUUGUAUUCUCAGCUUUGCUGCACACUCAACAAACUUCUCCUGUCUGCUUCCCUCCCCAACUCAACAGCUGCAUCAAUGAUGGGAAUGGGUUGGGGCAAAGACACCUCCUUGUUUGGGGGAAGUGAAAUACCUGGAACGUUUGCCCUCACAACGUUGGCAUUGCGUUUAGGAAGGACUGACUGUCUGACCUCCCAGUUGAACUAUUGUGGUUCCUUAUUCUCCCAAACCUAGGAGAGGGUCGGGACUAAAGGUAAAGGGACCCCUGACCAUUAGGUCCAGUCGUGGCCGACUCUGGGGUUGCGGCGCUCAUCUUGCUUUACUGGCCGAGGGAGCCGGCGUACAGCUUCCGGGUCAUGACUAAGCCGCUUCUGGCGAACCAGAGCAGCGCACGGAAACGCCGUUUACCUUCCCGCCGGAGCGGUACCUAUUUAUCUACUUGCACUUUGACGUGCUUUCGAACUGCUAGGUUGGCAGGAGCAGGGACUGAACAACGGGAGCUCACCCCGUCGCGGGGAUUCGAACCGCCGACCUUCUGAUUGGCAAGUCCUAGGCUCUGUGGUCCCAUGGGUCGGGACUAAUGCGUCUCAAAUGAAUGUCUUCCUUGCCAGCGAAGAUCAUGGAAUGGAAGUAUAUUAAAUUGGGAACAGGCCGUAGCUUCGUGGUAGAGCCCAUGACUUGCAUGCAGAAGCUCCUAGGUUAAACCCCUGGCUUCUCCAGCUAGGAAAAGGAAUAUUCCCUGCCUGAAACCGUGGGAUGGCCACUGCCAGUCAGUUGACAGUACUGAGCCAGGCAGGCUGAUGGUAUAAGCCUGCUUUCCAUCUCUUUGUAGGUUUCGGUUUCUUGCAAUGACUUCAAAAGCCCCGAGGGUGACAGAGCAAAAAUGUUGAUGGGGAUGGUUUGUGUGUCUAUGUAUUAUUUAUUUAUAAUCUAGUUAAUUUGAUGGACAGGGGAGAGGGGAAGAAGGGAUGGGACCACCCAUCAUUUACGCCGCUCCGUACCCAUCUGCUCUGCACGGACCAUCUGUAUCCCCCGCCAUCGCUCCUGUCCUUGCUGCCAUCCAUCACUGAAGUCAUCAUUGUGGCUGGGGCAAGGGAAUGCUGGGAAUUAGCUUGAUAAAUAUUGCAUAGCCGGAGCUCUGUAGCAGUAUAUAGCUUUCUGAGGAAGAUUUCAGGAGACUGUGCCUCUUCACCCCCUCCUGAAAUCCUUUUGCUCCCCUUCCCUUCCCCCCGGUAAUAAAGUCCUCACAUUUGAAUCCGACUGUCGGCUGCAAGCCAGAAUCCUUCAGUGUUACGUAGCACAAUUGGAGUGGGUGUUGUUGGUUCAGGAGGGCAAGAAGGAAAAGAAGGUCUCCGCCGCCCCACUUUUGGAAAACCAAAUGUCCUGCAAAUCCACAUCAGGGCAAAGUGUUUUGGUUGGCCAAGUGAUGGUAGCUCCCUAAUGUAGAUUUCUUGAAAUUUAUUUUGGGCCAACCUUUUCUUUUCGUGUCACUGUUCCCAGGAAAGGAGGAGUACCUUCACCCAUUAUCAACUUUUCCUCACUUGGAGAUUAUUUUCAGAAGGCCUGCGCCUGUACUUGCCCAUGAGACCUAAUUAGUUUGGGUACCUUUUCAGUGGUAGCCCCAUGCCUGAGGAAGUCAGUUCCCAAAAUGGGUUCUUCUGACCUCUUGUUGCAAGCCUUUAUAUUUGUUUUUUUAUUGCGCCUUCUGUUGGGACUUACAGAUCUUGACGGAUUCCUGAACGUUCUGGGGCAUCUACCCUUGGGAAGAGCAAAUGAUGUUGUUGAGGAUCUUGUCUCGUUACAAAACGUUGAGAUGCAGAGGGUUCUUGAUCACUCCUGAGUGCCCUCCCUGAUGCCAAGGGGGCCUGCAAUCCAAAUUGUGUCCAAGGGAACUGUGGGUGUUGAAACAGGUUGUGUGACUGCCAAGAGUGUCAGUGGUAUAGAUCUCACUCCAAGGCUGACUGAGCAUUGGUUAGAAGCCAUAACUGCGCCUAACAUAUGGUAAUAAGGGCAGUGAAUAAGUCCUCCUUUGCUGACCACUGAGGCCAAGUAAUUGUCCAAUGUAACUUUUGCAAUUUGUCCAGAAAUUGGUCUCACCGGCUGAUAGGAGGUGAGUUGAGGCCUGAUGCCAUUGCCUGGUCCACCAUUUUAAGGAUAGGGUUGCUCCGCUCUAUGGUGAUUUAGAUAUUACAGUGGUGCCUCGCAAGACAAAAUUAAUUCGUUCCGCGAGUUUUUUCGUCUUGCGAAUUUUUCGUCUUGCGAAUCACGAAUUCCCAUAGGAAUGCAUUGAAAAUCAAUUAAUGCGUUCCUAUGGUCAAAAAAAGUCCAAACAAAGCCAAAUUUGGUACAACAACCUCCCCAACUGUUGCAUACCCCUCCCCAACUGUUCCCCCAGCCACCCAGCAUACAGAAAUUCAAAUCCAGAAUUUUUUAAAAAAAACAGCAGAGUGGCCCAAUGGUCACAGAAAAUCAUAAAAAUGCAGGAAAAAACCACACAAGCUCCCAGAUUCUUGCAAACCCCUCCCCAACUGUUCCCCCAGCCACCCAGCACACAGAAAUUCAAAUCCAGAUUUUUUUUAAAAAAACAGCAGAGUGGCCCAAUGGUCACAGAAAAUCAUAAAAAUGCAGAAAAAACCACACAAGCUUCCAGAUUCUUGCAAACCCCUCCCCAACUGUUCCCCCAGCCACCCAGCACACAGAAAUUCAAAUCCAGAUUUUUUUUUAAAAAAACAGCAGAGUGGCCCAAUGGUCACAGAAAAUCAUAAAAAAUGCAGAAAAAAGACACACAAGCUUCCAGAUUCUUGCAAACCCCUCCCCAACACCAAGUCCUUGAAUUCCAAACACCCCAACCCAAAAUCCAAAAACCCAAAAAGUUUUAAAAGCUUAACUUGGCUGCAAAAGAAGUUUUGGAAAAGCUUCAAAAAUCACCAAAGUCUUUAAAAACCUCAAAAAGGCUACUAUGUACACUGCGUUCUAUGAGUUGCUCCUCGAAGUCAAGUCGCAACUGUAUUAAUGGUGUUAAGAAAAGGAACCAAACUUGCAAGACGUUUUCGUCUUGCGAAGCAAGCCCAUAGGGAAAUUCGUCUUGCGAAGCAGCUCAAAACCGGAAAACCCUUUCGUCUAGCGAGUUUUCCGUCUUGCGAGGCAUUCGUCUUGCGGGGCACCACUGUAUUGUGACCGCCCCAGCUGUAGUUCCAAUUCUGCAUCUCACCUGACAGAAAGAAAUAUUACCCUUCCGUGCUGUGGAUAAUGAGAGCAUCCGUUUUUGUCUUCUCUUUACCAUUGAAUAGAAUUUCAGCUGUGCAAUUGACAUUUAUAUGCUGACUGAGAAGCUUUAUUUUGUGUGUGUGUGUGUGUGUGUGUGUGUGUGUCACCCUAAGAAAUCUCCCCCAAAGUACCAUCUGUAGGGAGAACAUCAUGCUCAGUGAUGAUCUCUGUGUUCUGAGAGAGCCAUGGGUUAGAUUUUUUUUUUUAAUUGGCUAUUGUGUAGGUGAGGAAGAAGCAGGUUGUUGUAAAAACACAGCUACGUUUCCUAAGUUUUCAUUCAUCCCCAAGGGAAAAAAAUUUGUACGCAACAGCAGCCACGAGCGUGCUUAAUGUGACAUAAUGGAAAAAUGACAAACUCCCUACCAGAGUUGAAUGGUUAUCCAAAUUGACAGAAUAUGCGGAAUUAGCCUCUCUUUCGGAAAGGAUCGGAGACAAGCCCAGACAGGAGUUCAUUCUAGAUUUUCAAAAAUUAUUUGAAAAGCAGUUGUAAUCUAAACAGGGUAGUUGCCCUUGAAUGAUUUCUGUCAAUAAUACAUAUGAUGGAAUAUGAUAUCGAAAUAGAAAAGAGAAUUUUUUACAAAAUAGUCAUGAUAAAUUAAAGCAAGAUGUUUGAUAUAAAGGAAAAUACGGAGAGGAUGGGAAGUCAUAGGUUUGUGUAGAAAGCACAUAGUUGAAGCUGUAUAUAUUUUUUGUGAUAUCUUUAUUGGACUGACUGAAAUGAAGAUGAUUAUGUAUUGUGUAUAUAUAUGUGUGUGUGUGUGGAAAAUGAAUAAGAAAACUUUUUUUUUUAAAGUUUUCAUUCAGAAAAAUAAGGAACGUGGGGAGGGGAGAAGUUGCUUUCCAUCAGAAUAAGCCAAUGGGCUUGAGUCGCUAACUGCUGCAAGUGAAAUAACCAGAAUAACUGAGAAAUGUAUUCUUGGCAGCUCCCCAAGUUUUUUUUUUAGUGGAGCAUUAGAGGGAACAUCAUAACAAUUACUGCCUUCCAAUGUUUGUAUGAGCGGCCUUCUUCCCAGGUGGCAGAUGUCUCUCUGUGCCAUGCACAAAACAAUAUCGGUUGCCUCGGGGUUGCUUUGGGGCUCUGCACCCAUCUCCCUAAGAAGCAGAUCCUAGUCCAUGUGCAAGAUUGUGCAUGUUAGAUUUUAUUCACUAAAACAUUCCCUUUUGCCAGGGAAGCAGAAGAACUGUCUGUUACUUUACCUUUUCGCAGUGCAAGGCCCAUGCAACCUUUCCGAAGUCCUAUGCUAAUUAAGGCUUACUCCAAAGUAAAUGCGCACAGGAUUGCAGCUUUAACCUCUCUUCCCCUCCAGAGUGAUUACAUUACUCUAAUUUCAGUGCUGCAGAGAUAGCUUAGGAAAGAGAGUGAAUAUUUAUGUAAAGGGGAAGGAGCUUAAUUGAUUGCUUAUGAUCUCAUCUUAGUGAUGCUGCUUUUGUUAAAAGCGUUACUGGAAACUGCAAGGAAGGAAGAAAUUGUCUGUAAUUUUCUGCUACCCAGAAAAGCCUUAGAAACACCAGGUAGGUGUACAUUUUAGCACCAGAGGGGGAGAUCUACAAUGGUGUCUUUUUGUUUAAGUUCACAAACAUUUGUCCUGGGGGUAGCUUUUCUGGUGUUCGCCACUGUUUUUCCUUCAAACUAGUAACGCAUGAUGACUUCCCUUAGGGGAAAGGUAUAGUGGGGAGUGUUCUGUUUCCUAAAAAUGAAAUGAAAUGAUAAAUUAUAGCCUUUGUAGAAAGUUCUCAAGAUGGUAUGAGCAUGGUAGGGAAGAGGGUGUUUUUGGACUGCCUGAGAGGGUCAGGAACAAUAAAUCAGUAGGUACCUGUGACCAGUGUUUUCCGAAGAAUGGGUGUGUGUGAAUGUUCUUGACGUAAGAGCUAAGGAAGUGAGCCCUCUUGCCCCGGGUCAGGAUUGGGGAACCUCAGGGCCAAAUUUGGCCCUCCAAGCCUCUCUGGGGAGUCUCUCCAGACCACACCCUCCCUGAGAAAGUUGGCCUGACAAUGACUCUUGGUUGUCUGGAUGAAGCAGUAAAGCUCGCAGUCCUUGCUGUGCCCACUUUUUCCUCGGGGCCACACCCACCACGGCAUGUGCCCCAUAGCUCUGUUGUGAGUAGGGGAACGUGGGCCCAGGGUGUAUGUCUGUCCUGUUCCCCGAACUACUCUAAGAUAAAUUCCAAUAUUGCACAUAGUCCCAAGGGCAACACUAGAGAGGAGUCGGAACAGUCCAAUGGUCAAAUACAGUACAAGGAGAUACAGUGGUACCUUGGUUCUCAAACACCUUGGUACUCAAACAACUUGGAACCCAAACACUGCGAACCCGAAAGCAAGUGUUCCAGUUUGCGAACUCUUUUUUCAGAAGCUGAACAUGCUCCGUUUUGAGUGUCACACUUCCGAUUUGAGUGUUACGCUGAGGUCUGUCUGUUUUUGCUAUUUAUUUUGCAUUUUUGUUUUUGCGGCUUUUUUGUUUUGUUUUUGUGACUGUGUGGAACCCAGUUCAGUUACUGAUUGAUUGAUUGUGACUACAGUACAUUGUUUAUUGCUUUCAUUUUAUGGAUCAAUGGUCAUGUUAGAUAGUAAAAUUCAUGUUAAAUUGCUGUUUUCGGGGUUGUUUUUAAAAGUCUGGAACGGAUUAAUCCAUUUUGCAUCACUUCCUAUGGGAAAGCGCGCCUUGGUUUUGGAAUGCUUUGGUUUUGGAACGGACUUCCAGAACGGAUUAAGUUUGAGAACCAAGGUACCACUGUAAGUUCAAAGUCAAACCGUAAGGCCAGGUUCCCAUCUAUGAAGAAGAUCAAAGACUGGACUCCUGGGGUUAUUUCUACAUGGGGUAAUUUAAACUGGAUACUUUCAGUAUUGCAGAUUACUAGUGUUCUUGAAGAGAACUUGUGUGUUCUGUGUAGACUCUUCUUUCCACAUCUUAUGACUCUUCUGAAAGAAUUUUAUACAAAAUUGGUAGCAAAUUUAAUAACAACUGUGAAAUUUAAUAUCGAAAGGAUGUAGAAACCAGCUGACGUUUUCACAAUUAACCAUUUGUUGAGUAAGUCUUGGGAAGCUCUGCACACGGAACAGGAUAGCUAUGUUAUGAAAUCUACAAGUGAUGUAAAUAAAUCUGUUGAGGAAAUAUGGAAGCCAUUUUAAAAGAAGUUUUGCAAUAGAAUAUAUGGGGAGUAAUGAUAUAUCUGAUACAAAUCACAAAUUAUCAGUGCAAAAAGGCUUUUCAAAAGUGCAUUGUCAGUCCUGAGUACAUAGCUUCUAGACUUCAGUUUUUCACAGUUAUCGUUAGUGGAUAACACCCAGACACUCAGAAAUGCAUUAUGGAUGCAGGGGUAAACAAAGCAAAUUCUUUUUUUUUUUUAAAGGACAUGUUACCACCCUCCAAUGUCAACAGUAUUCUUAAUAUUCCCAGGGGUUGUGAAUGCAACAACUUAAUUUUGUAUCUUGCGUGUGUGUGUGUUUCAUUUCAAUUUUCAUGCAAUUGUAUUGCCUUCUCUUUGUUUUUUGUUUCGGUAUGUUGUUGAACUGUAUGGUUUUGAUUGAAUAAAUAAAAAGAAAUAUAAAAAAAGAAAAAGAAGAGAGCAGGCAGGCAGCCAGGCCAAAGCUGUCUGUGUAUAUCACGCCUGCACUGCUUUGACCUACUGAGCUGUUAAAACCUCUUGAUUUUGCUGCCAAUCUUGGAUAAGGAAAAGACAGCAGUUGUUAUGCACUUGGUAGGACACAUUGCUGCUGUAGGGCUGCAUUGACUUAAUAACAAGUUGUGCAGGCCUGCUAUUGAUUAAACGUAUUCUGAAGGAUGCCACACACAAAAAUGAAUGUGGUGGCAUAUGGCUUCUUUAGCACAAGCUAAGCUCUGUGGAAAUUGUAAUUUUUGCUGCUGGAAGUGUGGAAAAUGUGGGUUUAAUUAUUAUUAUUAUUAUUAUUAUUAUUAUUAUUACCCUGCCCAGCCACACUGGGCAGCUCCCAACAGAUUAAAAACAGAAUAAAACAUCAAAUAUUAAAAACUUCCCUAAACAGGGCUGCCUUCAGAUGUCUUCUAAAAGUCAGGUACAGUGGUACCUCGGGUUAAGUACUUAAUUCAUUCCAGAGGCCCGUUCUUAACCUGAGACUGUUCUUACCCUGAAGCACCACUUUAGCUAAUGGGGCCACUGCGCUGCCGCUGCACGAUUUCUGUUCUCAUCCUGAAGCAAAGUUCUUAACCUGAAGCACUAUUUCUGGGUUUAUGGAGUCUGUAACCUGAAGCGUAUGUAACCUGAAGCGUAUGUAACCUGAGGUACCACUGUAGUUGUUUAUUUCCUUGGCACAGGGGUCAGCAACCUUUUUAAGCAGGGGGCCAGUCCACUGUUCCUCAGACCUUGUGGGGUGCCAGACUAUAUUUUUUUGGGGGGAAAUGAGUGAAUUCCUAUGCCUCGCAAAUAACCCAGAGAUGCAUUUUAAAUAAAAGGACACAUUCUACUCAUGUAAAAACACCAGGCAGGCCCCACAAAUAACCCAGAGAUGCAUUUUAAAUAAAAAGGACACAUUCUACUCAUGUAAAAAAUGCUGAUUCCUGGACCGUCUGUGGGCCGGAUUUAGAAGGCGAUUGGGCUGGAUUCAGCCCCUGGGCCUUAGGUUGCCAACCCAUGCCUUAGUAUCUGAUGGGAGGGUGUUCCACAGGGCGGGCGCCACCACCGAGAAGGCCCUCUGCCUGGUUCCCUGUAACCUCGCUUCUCGCAAUGAGGGAACCCCCAGAAGGGAGAGCUGCUGGACUGUCAGGUUAGGUGGAUCAGCGGAAUUGUCUGACCCGGAUAAGGCGACUUUGAAUGUAUUUCCCAGUUUGCUUCCAGUUGUGGUCUCUGUUGCUAAUGUCUGGAAGCCCAGUGAACACAACAACAGUAAUAAAUAUAGUAGCAAUGAUAAUGCACCCUGAGACAUUUUGAUUAUAAGUGAGAUUCAUUUUGCUUAAAUGUUGACUCUCUUGAAAGUUAUGCCUAGGGUCCUUGGAACAAAAAGCAGAAACUGAUGAGGACCCUCGAACCCCGUGGUUUCCAGUGUGGGGCAAUUUGAUUUUUAAGGGGGCCAUUCGAGCAUGAGUUAUUAACAGUUAAUGGCCUUUUAGGCUUCCUCCACAUGAAUAGGAGUUCACUUUUUGAAUACAGUGGUACCUCAGGAUAAGUACUUAAUUCGUUCCGAAGGUCCGUUCUUAACCUGAAGCUGUUCUUAACCUGAGGUACCACUUUAGCUAAUGGGGCCUCCUGCUGCUGCUGCUGCGCCGCCGGAGCACAAUUUCUGUUCUUAUCCUGAAGCAAAGUUCUUAACCUGAAGCACUAUUUCUGGGUUAGCGGAGUCUGUAACCUGAAGCAUAUGUAACCUGAGGUACCACUGUAAUAAGAAUUGUAUUUCACGGGGGGUGGGAUCAGGAUUUUAGAGAUGCUUAGGUGGGGCAUGGCCAAAAAAGGAAAGGAGUUGCCUGGUUAAAAACAAAGAAUGUUUACUAGUCUCCUGAAGACUGAAGAUACAAACCUCUGAGGAAGGAGAGCACUUAUGGGAAGCUCAACAUCCUUUGGAAAUUCUGUUCACAAAAUGCUUUUUUUUUUUUUUAACCCUUCAUCUUAUUUAACGUUCAGGUUUUCUUUUUUAAAAAAUGCUUUUUACUGAGUUUUCUUUAACAUACACAAACAAAAUAAAUACUCUAAAAUUCAACAAUCAUAUGUCUACUUAUUUUCUAAACACUCUUGUGCACAGACUUCCCUCCCUCCCUUCAACAGGCUUUCAUAUUGAAUUUCCUCUUUUUUCGCAGGUUUUUAGUAGCAUCCUAUACACAUAAAAAAUAAUAAUUUUAAUCCUACUACAGUCUUUAAGCUUCUAUGGUUAUUACCUAUAUACUCAACAAAUUUACUCCAUUUUUGAACUUUGUUUCCUCUUGGUUACGGAUCCUGUGGGUCAGUUUUGCUAAUUCUACAUAUUCAACCAUUUUUGUCUGCCACUCUAUUAGUGUUGGUAUUUCCUGAGUUGUCCAUUUUGGGGCUACUAAGAUUCUGGCGGCAGUCGUAGCGUACAUAAAUAGUCUCUGAUCUGCUUUUCUUAUUUCAUCUCCUAUCUCCUAGGAAGGAACUUUCAGGUUUUCUGAAUGACUGAAGUGCAAAUCUUGUUGUCAGGAUUCUCUCCUACCUUUUUUGAUCUUAUAUUUGGAUAUAUAUUCCUAUUAUAAUUUUUACGACACGUUCUCAUUUUGUAUUUUUAUGUUGUGAACCACCCUGUGAUCUUUGGAUGAAAGGUGGCAUACAAUUUUAAUUAAUUAAUCAUAAUAAUAGUAGUAAUGAAAGAGAGUUGCUGUUUCUUUCAGAGAAAGCUAAACAUCAUUAAUUUAUGUGUGACUAUUGCUUCCCUGGAACAUUUGAAAAAGCUUGGGUGACGAAGAAGAUGAGUCUUGUUUCAGAUUUGCUAGAGGCAGCCCUUUCCAGCAAAGAGGCUCUUCAUCAGCUUACUUUUAACCAUAUGUGAAUUCUGGGGAAGGGUAAUUCAAUUCUCUGCGCCUCAUAAAAGGCGUUGGGAUGGGUGGAAGCUAAGACGAGAAGCUUAGCUCUCAGCUGGACUGGGAAGAACGGGGUGGGCUAAGGUCAUUUCAGUGUCUAUAACCUCUGAAUGGACAAUCUCACCUGUUCGCCAGUGUCCAGCAACUGAUGUCCAGUCACUCAAGUCAGAAUGAUGCAGAGACUCCUUCUAAAAGACAGGUCUUGCUUCAAGACAGCCGUGGCUGCUUAAAUUAGAAACAGGUUUCCCUUUCAGCUCUAGAUGUCUGAGCUUCUAGGGGGUAGGUGUCUAAAGCAGCUAAAGAUUGUGAAAAGUAAAGGCAGAUUUCUUAAUUAUUUUCAGAAAAAGAAAUAAAAUUCAAUAGGGGUAAUUUUUUCGUGUAGAACAACUGCUUUAGAGUAUUGGUUUUAUUUUCAAUAAAUAUACAUCCCCCACCUUAUUUAUCAUCACAUCUUCUCUGAACUUCCUCCAGAGAUUUUUAUUGUGACUGCCAUGAGGAAUUACUGCAAUUUUUUAAAUGCUGUAAUUAAUUAAAUGACACAGCUUUCUCCCAUGUCCACAUUGCUUUACAAACCAUUUCAUAUUAGUUUUCUUUUACAUUCUGUUAGGGUUGCAAGCUGAUUUAUGAAAUAUUAGUCACCGUAAUGUUAGUCAAAUGAUUGAUCUAUUUAUAUUUGCAGAUAUUCACACAUUCACUAAACAGGUAAUCCCCUUCCGCCUUUAAAUAGCUCACACGUGCAUAUCUUGGAACAUCAUUUACUCACACAGACAUAUACACACACUCAUAUUUUAAAGCAAAAACUUAAUCUGAAUAUUCACAUUCCAAAGCUAAAGCAAAAGAUCAAAGGACGAAAACUCGGUUUUUGUAAGGUUAGCAUCCUGUUUCAGUGCUUUUUGAACACUACUGUUCUCUGUUGCUGAUUUUAUUCUGAUCUUGUUUUGAUUUCCUAUAAAAUGUGGGUGGAACAGGAAAGAGAGUGUGGAUUUGAGAUUUGUGGGGAGGAGGAUAUAUUUUUAUUUUAUUUUAUUUUAUUUUUACAAUUCUCAUUUAGAGUGCUGAAUGUUUAUUGGAGGAGCCUCCACUGCACGCACAUCCCAAAAGCAACUACUAGGACCCUCGUACCUACGAGACCGCCUCUCCCGGUUUGCCCCACGGAGAGCCUCAAGGUCCAUAAAUAGCAACACCCUAGUGGUCCUGGGCCCUAACGAAGUUAGAUUGGCUUCAACUAGAGCCAGGGCCUUUUCAACACUGGCUCCGUCCUGGUGGAACGCUCUGUCUCAUGAGACCAGGGCCCUGCAGGAUCUGAUUUCUUUCCGCAGGGCCUGUAAGACAGAGUUGUUCCGCCUGGUCUUUGGCUUGGAGCCAAUUUGAUUCCUUCCCUCUCUUUCUUUCUUUUUUCCUUUCCUUCUCCUCCUGCGAUGAGGCUACAUUUUAAUAUUUUAAUGUUUCAAUAUUUUAAUGUUGUAUAUUAAUUUUGUUUUUAAGUUGUAAUCAUUCAACUUGUUUUUAUUAUUGCUUGUAAGCCGCUCUGAGCCCAGCCUUGGCUGGGGAGGGCGGGGUAUAAAUAAAAAUUAUUAUUAUUAUUAUUAUUACUUCUGCUACGAACUUCAGAAUGGUAUCAAAGGAACCAUAUCUCCCCCUGCCCCAUACAAACUUGCCCAAGUUCUGAGAUAUCCAGGGGACACCGUUUUCUCAGUUCUGUCGCCUUCACAGGCACGUCUGGUGAAUGUGGGAGAGGGCCUUCUCAGUGGCUGCUCCCUGGCUUUGAAACUUGUUAUGUACUAAGCUUGGGUCCUAGAACAAUGGGCAAGUAGGAUCCUAGAAUGCAACAACUGAUUGGCUUGCAGGAAAAGACCAAUCAGGCUCCAGGAGGGAAGCAGAAUCAGCCAAUCAGACGGGACUCAUUGUGUAAAUAAUGUAUAUAAAAGCCUGAGUUUUGGGGGGCAAUUAAAUCAUUGCUGCAAUAAAGAGCAUGAAAUCACUACAGGGCUCUGUGUAUAUUUUAAAACUCCUUUCCUAGAGCAGCUAGACCAGGGCUCAGCAACGUUUUUUGAGACUGGGCCAGUUCACUCCCAGGCAGACAUCUCAGUGGGCAGGAGCGUGCGUGCCCAUGCGCGCCUGUGCGUGCGCUCAAGCUAUUUCCGGCACUUUUCUGGGUCGGAAGAGCGCUGGAAAUAGCGUGUGCGCAUGCGCAUGUGCACCGGAAAUAGCGUAUACACAUGUGUAAAGGUGUGUGCGCACACGCUAUUUCAGGCGCACUUCCGCGAUGCAGGAGUGCCCGUGCGCAUGCGCACACGCUAUUUCCAGCACUCUUCUGACCCGGAAGUCGGAACCGGCCCAUGGGCCUUAGGUUGCCGACCUCUGAGCUAGACUAAUUCCCUUCUUGUCCUUUUGUUCCAGCAGGAUUCUGGGAACUAACUGCUUUUAAGAAAAUAACUCUUUAACAGUGUGCUGUACAGUGGAAACUUGGUUCCCGAAGUUAAUCCAUUCCGGGAGUCUGUUCAAUUCCCGAAACAGUUCGAGAACCAAGUGCAGCAGCUUCCUGCCGCCAAUCAGAAGCCGUACCGGGUGUUCGGCUUCCAAAGAACGUUCGAAAACCGGAACAAUUACUUUUGGUUUUCGUUUGUUCGGGAGCCGGAACAUUCAGCUCCCAAGGCGUUUGGGAACUGAGGUUCCACUGUACCAUUUCUAAAAUUAUGAUUAUCUGCAUUUUAGUAUAUACGGCUUUCUACACUGUUUUGAUUCCAUGGAUAAAUUACUUCUUAACAAUAAUCUUGUAUACAUGGUUAGCUGUGUGCGUUUUAUCUGUAUUUGUCUUAAUUUUUGUGAGCUGUGUUGAGUCCCAGUUUUAGGGGAGAGGCGAGAUAUAAACAAACAAAUUUAAAUGGUACUGGUAAUAGGAAACAGGGACUCAUAGCUUGACUGCAGCUAGCACAUGCCCUGCAGACCACAAACUGAAAUAUUGCAGCAGCAUUUGUUUAGAUGAGAAGUUUACAGCUUCUCUGUGCUGGUUUUGAGGAAGCACAAUUUUGUUUUGCUAGGAACCUAUGAAGAACUUGUUAUCCCAGCAGUGCUGUAAACUUAGGAGGCUCUCAGAAGCUCAACUACCAAGAGGUUCUACCACCAUGGCAACCAGGGAAGCAAAGCUUAGAUGGGUUGUGGUGUCAUUAGGAAAGCCAUGAAACAUUUCUUUUAUAGAAUUUACUCGGUUUAGUAGGCCGGUUUCCACCACAAUGGCUAUGCAGUCCAGAAUUAACUACAGUGGUACCUCGGGUUACAUACGCUUCAGGUUACAUACACUUCAGGUUACAGACUCUACUAACCCAGAAAUGUUACCUCAGGUUAAGAACUUUGCUUCAGGAUGAGAACAGAAAAAGUGCUUUGGCGGCGCGGUAGCAGCAGGAGGCCCCAUUAGCUAAAGUGGUGCUUCAGGUUAAGAACAGUUUCAGGUUACUACAGAACAAAUUAAGUACUUAACCCGAGGUACCACUGUAUAAGCAAAUUAAGCUUAAGUGUAGAGUCCCAGUCAAAUUCAAAACCAUGUUAUGACAGAAUUAUUUAGAAUUUCUCAAUGUGGAGAGAGUGCUGGCGUUGUCCAUGGCUUUUUUCUUUUCUUUUUGUUAACUAUAUUUUUGAUAACUAUAUUCUGGUUGAACUUUCCUCAUGAUAUUGCAGGGCAGUAGCCUUGCUUGUUCUUAGGCUGGCACAGGUAAAAUAAUAUUGUGUAUUAUUGCUGGAGAGUCUGUGAGAAUGGUGGUUUUUAAGAACAGGAAUUGUUCAGCUAAAGCUUAUCGUUUCAGAUUAUUGGGUUUCUCUUCAACAAAUCCUUUUGCAUACAUUGUGCUUCUGUAUUUUGGUUAACACCCCUUUGGAUACUUUCUGAUUUAAAGUGCUAAGGGAAAAGGGACUGGUGUUCCUCUUAGCACAGCAUCGCAGAUGCUUCCACAAACAGGGAGUGGACUUGUAUGAAUGCCUAUUCAGUGUGUUUCAGAAACAUUCCAGUAAUUUGUUUAAAGCAAAACGUAAUUAAAUAGUGAAUAAUUUAAUAAUUGAGGAAUGUUUAAUUAGAUGGCGAAUGCAUAUUAGCAGGCACUCUAGAUUGGUGUUGUGAGCCGUAGUAGUAAUCGACAUCUCUGUUCAAGAAGGAGACAAUCUCAGCAUUAAGCUUGCAGCUAGAGCAGUGGUGUAGUUCUUUCACAUUUGAUAAAGCUCUUUGAGGAGGCACAAAACAGACACCCACCCACCCAGGAAAAACCGAAAUGUACCCAAAUCGUUUAAAUUGUGUUUACAGCUUCUCUUUAUUCUCUUUUGGCCCCAUUUUUAAUUGUUUCCCUUACAACGUGAUCCCAGGCAAUCGAGGAUAGUGUAGAUGUGUUGACAUAAUGGGGCCGCAGAACCAUUCAGAUACGUCUAUGAGACAACAUCACGGAGAACAAAACCUUCACCUUGCCAUCCCUCAGAAUAGAAGAGGGAAUGAAUGCCGGUUGCUGUGACACUUUUGGGUCUUGCCAUACUGUAUUUGCAGUUUAGCAUCCAACGGAACAAGAGGGAGCAUUGGCCUAGUUGCUUUAACAGUGGGGCCGUGUUCAUCCUCUCCCUGAUCACACAGUCUCUUGUGACCCCGCCAAAAGUGACUUGGACACUGAUACAUAGCGAGUGGGCCAAGCUAGGUUGCGAAAGCCAUUGAUGCGGAUUGCAGAGGUGCUGUACCCAGGCCCCAAUGCCAGACUUGAACCUUCCAGUCAUAUUCCCCCGAGAGGCCAACACCUUCACUGCCAAAGAGUUCACCGCAGGCCCUGCUCACCAAAGCAGGCAAUGUACUUUGCGGGAAAUAGGAGAUGGAGUGGUAGGCUCCAAGUGACAAGGCUACCCCUUUCCAUUCUCAGGAAGGAGAGGAACAUAGGAGGGAUAAUAUAAGCUCUCAGUUGAGUGGGUCUCCUUGGAACAAGUUGUCUGCUUGCUGUGAACUGUCCACGGUACUGAAGAACCUCUCUUUGGUUGACAUUGUUUGUCUAGUACAGUGGUACCUCUGGAUGCGAACAGGAUCCGUUCCGGAGCCCCGUUCGCAUCCUGAAGCGAACGCAACCUGUGUCUGCGGGUCGUGAUUUGACACUUAUGCGCAUGCGUGUGACGUCAUUUUGAGCAUCUGCGCAUGUGCGAGUGGUGAAACCCAGAAGUAACACGUCCCGUUACUUCCGGUUUGCCGUGGAGCGCAACCCGAAAACGCUCAACCUGAAGCAUAUUUAACCUGAGGUAUGACUGUAGUUCAUGGGUAGGCAAACUAAGGCCCGGGGGCCGGAUGCGGCCCAAUCGCCUUCUAAAGCCGGCCCACGGACGGUCCGGGAAUCAGCAUGUUUUUACAUGAGUGGAAUGUGUGCUUUUAUUUAAAAUGCAUCUCUGGAUUAUUUGUGGGGCCUGCCUGGUGUUUUUACAUGAGUAGAAUAUUUGUGGGGUAUAGGAAUUUGUUCAUUUCCCCCAAAAGAAAUAUAGUCCGGCCCCCCAGAAGGUCUGAGGGACAGUGGACUGGCCCCCUGCUGAAAAUGUUUCCUGACCCUUGGGCUCUAGUUCAUGUUUCCUGAUCUAGCCUGUGCAUUAUUAACUGCCUUUGGCAUCAAUGACUAGACCACUUUUUGGAGCUGCUUUCUCCAAAUCUUUCCACGUGCUCAGCCUCACCAGGAUUGGGAACGGCCUAGUGCAAAAAAUGUACCCAUUGUUUAUUUAAAACACUUGCAUGCCACAUACAGUGGAACCUCAGUUGUCAAACGUAAUCUGUUCCGGAAGACGGUUUGACAACUGAGGCGCGAUUGCUGGUCGGCAAAUUCCUUUUAAAAAAUGGAGAAAUGCACCUCGGAAGCUGUUCAACUUCUGAGGCGCGUUCAAAAACAGAAGCAUUCACUUCCAGGUUGUCGGCGUUUGGAUUCCGAAUUGUUCGGCUUCUGAGGCGUUCGAUAACUGAGGUUCCACUGUAUUUUUUAACCCCACAAAACUUUGAGAUACCUUACAACAAUUAAGUAGCUAAAUCCUUUCACCUCCUUUCACGGUACCCUGAAACAGAUUGCUGGGGGUGUGGUGUGGAAAUGCCCACAGAGCAAAAUGUCCCCUGAUUUAACUCCUUUGCAUGGCGACUUACCUCAAGUCCCCCUUGCUUGAGUGCUGUCCCCUUUUACCAGCUACACUCCUUUGCACUUUCCCUCUCAUGCUAUAUUUUCUCCCUGUCGCAAACAGUAUGCACAAACCGCAUACACUGAUAGAGGAGUGGGGAACAUUUUUCCUCUGAAAGACCAGUACAAAUAACUCCCUCCUGAGGGUGCUGUAUGUGAGAGAAGUCGCUUUUGAGCCAUUGUUACUGUUGGGAAAGCAAAAGAAAAUCGCAUUGGAGUUCCAGUCACAGAAUUCCAAUGUAACAUGUAGUCUGACUUUUAGAGACAUAUGUAAACACAGCAGGGAGCACUCCUCACACUUCUUCAAUGGGAAACAGUCCAGAGCUUUGCCAUAUAUAACCAUUUUCCACAGGGCCUAUAAAUCCAGCUGUCUCCGUAAGGCCAAGUUAGUUUCUGUUGUUAGGAUAAACGAAAGAAGCAAAUGUUAGUUGUCAAACGCUGGAGUCUUAUUUUGCAGGAAACAAGAACAUGAGAUAGCAACAAGCCAAGCUCAUGAAGGAGAAAAAUGAACUGGAAAAAAGUGUGGUACAGUUAUAAAUAAGGAGAGAGGGAGAGAGAGAAAUCUGGUCAGGCUUUUUAGGGGCCUUGUAUGCUUCUUUGGGGUGUAAGAUUUUAUUUAAACAAAUGUUUGGGAUAGAUAUUUAACUAUUAAAAAAAGGUAAAGGUAAAGGACCCCUGACAGUUAAGUAGGGCUCAUCUUGCUUUACUGGCCGAGGGAGCUGAUGUUUGUCUGCAGACAGUUUUUCCGGGUCAUGUGGCCAGCAUGACUAAGCCGCUUCUGGCGAAACCAGAGCAACGCAUGGAAACACUGUUUACCUUCCCACUGAAGCAGUACCUUUUUAUCUACUUGCACUGGCAUGCUUUCAAACUGCUAGGUUGGCAGGAGCUGGGACCGAGCAACGGGAGCUCACCCCGUCAUGGGGAUUCGAACUGCCGACAUUCCAAUUGGCAAGCCCUAGACUCAGUGGUUUAGACCACAGCGAGGCUAACUGUUCUGAGCAAUGUCUCUGCUAUGCCACAAACCCUCUUGUGUAACUUUGAAUAAGUAGAACGUUUGAUAAAACGUUCUUUUAUUUUAUAUAAAUUAAUGCAGUAUAAAUAUUUUACCACCACCAUGCGUCUACUGACAGUAACUGACUCUGAUUGAAUUCUGAACUUUACUGACAACCAGGGUGGGCGAGAAAGAUAUCUUUUUGCUGAACUUGUACCAGAUUGAUUGUACAGCAAGGAUAGCUAAUCUGUGUUAAGCCGUUUUGAACAUGCACCGUUAGGGAAAACUGGAUGUGACAGAACUGCCACAUUUGUUUGGUCAGAUGUGCUUCUUCACAUACCAAGUGAGGAAAGGAGUGUGCAGGAAGUAAGGAGGGGAGGGCCUGAUCCCUUUACCUCGGUGCAUUCUGUUUAAUAACUUUUCUCCUGCCUCCCUUCCUGGAUCAAUUUUGGUACUGGAGCCAGGCUGGCGGGAAAGUGCCUGAAAGGAUGGCGUGUGGGGAGGUCAGGUCAAUACCUUAUUAGUCUUGUCAGUGCUAACCCAUAUAUAAAGGUAAUGGGGUUGGGGGGAAUGGAGAAGAGAAAGUAAGGGAGCAAAUGAAUAUAAUCCCAGCUUUCUUGGUGUGGGCCAGAGUGCCCACACCUAGUGCCUACAAUUGGUGUGGCUGCCUAAUUGCAACAUCAGCCACACCAAUUGUGGGAACAUGGUAACCCCAAAGAUAGAUUACUGCAAUGCAUUAUAAGAAGAGUUUGGAUUUGAUAUCCCGCUUUAUCACUACCCGAAGGAGUCUCAAAGCGGCUAACAUUCUCCUUUCCCUUCCUCCCCCACAACAAACACUCUGUGAGGUGAGUGGGGCUGAGAGACUUCAGAGAAGUGUGACUAGCCCAAGGUCACCCAGCAGCUGCAUGUGGAGGAGCGGAGACACAAUCCCGGUUCCCCAGAUUACAAACCUACUGCUCUUAACCACUACACCACACUGGCUCUUAUACACAGGGCUGCCUCUGAAGACGGUUCGGAAGCUUCAGUUAAUGCAGAAUUCAGCGGCCAGGUUGCUUACUGGAGCAAGAUGGUUUGAGUAUAUUACACCGAUCCUGGUCUGACUGCACCGGCUACCAAUUAGUUUCUGGGUCCAAUUCAAAGUGCUGGUUGUGACCUAUAAAGCCUUAACAGCGCAGGACCGCAAUACCUCAAGGACCGCCUCUUGCCGUAUGAACCUUCCUGGACCCUGAGAUCAUCCUCUGAGGCCCUUCUACAUGUGCCUUCUCGAGAGGUCUGGAGGGUGGCAAAACAAGAACGGGCCUUCUCUGCAAUGGCUCCCCAUCUGUGGAAUGAUCUCCCCAGGGAAAUUUGCCUGACGCCUUCAUUAUGCACCUUUAGGUGCCAGGCAAAAACAUUCUUUUUUUAACUAGGCCUUUGGCUGAUCUGAUUGACAUCCUAUGCCCUUUUAAAAUGUGGUUUUUUUUAUGGGGGAGCGGUUAUUGGUUUGUUGUUUUUAUUUUGAUUAUAUAUUUUGUGGUUUUAUAUUUUGAUUUUGUUCUUGAGACCUCUGGGAAUAGGAUGGUGUAUAAAUUCAAUAAAUAAUAAUAAUAAUCAGUUUCUGCCUGCUCUUUAAGGGAAGGAAGACCUGGAAACGCAAGUCCUAUGUUUCCACUCUUCCUACUGGCUCUGUCCUGCUGGGGGACUGUGGGUUUUACCUAUUCUGUAGCUGCGGAGUGAUGGUGGCAGCAGCUGACAGAGUGCUUUGCUUCCACCCUUUUCUGCCUUCUUCCCACCCGCAGUGCACAUUCAUUGUACAGUGGUACCUCGGGUUACAUACGCUUCAGGUUACAGACUCUGCUAACCCAGAAAUAGUACCUCAGGUUGAGGAUGAGAACAGAAGUACCUCAGGUUGAGGAUGAGAGCAGAAAUCGCAGGGUGGCGGCGGGAGGCCCCAUAAGCUUAAGUGGUGCUUCAGGUUAAGAACAGUUUCAGGUUAAGAACGGACCUCCGGAACAAAUUAAGUACAUAACCAGAGGUACCACUGUACUUGCUGUAACAUCUAAACAAGGCUCACGGAGCACUUUAAGUGAGUGACUGCUUCUGGUAAAGUCUGUACUGUAAUUUGCAUCUUGCUCCACAAUGCUUAGGGCGAAUUCCGAGUAUUAGCAACCUGCUUUCACUAUACAUAUGUGUUUGGACGGGUUAUUUGUGCAAAAUUCCUUUUUCUUCCUGGUUCCUAUUAUAAAAACCCCCCCUUGUGUGCGCACUAUGAGGCUACAGGGAAACAGCCCCUCAUUCUCCAUCCUGUCAUCUGCAUAAUGGGCUCCCUGGAAAGAGUUUUCACCAUGCUAUAGCUGUGUUGUGAUUGGCUGCAGAGUUAGUCUGAAUCCUGUGUUCCAUCAUGAUAGCAUGAAGGGGCAGAGCAGUGGGUGUUGUUGUUUUUACCUUGCUGUUGAAUUCAGCGCUGUGGUCUAAACCACUGAGCCUCUUGGGCUUGCUGAUCAGAAGGUCGGCGGUUUGAAUCCCUGCAAUGGAGUGAGCUCCCGUUGCUCUGUCCCAGCUCCUGCCAGACUAGCAGUUCGAAAGCACACCAGUGCAAGUAGAUAAAUAGGUACUGCUGUAGCAGGAAGGUAAACAGUGUUUCCGUGUGCUCUGGUUUCUGUCAUGGUGUUCCGUUGCGCCAGAAGCAGUUUAGUCAUGCUGGCCACAUGACCCGGAAAGCUGUCUGUGGACAAACACCAGCUCCCUUGGUCUGAAAGCGAGAUGAGCGCCGCAACCCCAUAGUCACCUUUGACUGGACUUUAACCUUCCAGGGGUCCUUUACCUUUUGCCUUGUUGUUUUUAGCUUGCUGCCGAAUUCAGUGGGGUCAUUUUCAUUUUCACAUAUUUAGGUACCCCUUUUAUUGGUAAACAUUACACUGACAUGGUGUCAAGAGCAAUAUCUAAGGAAGUUUAGAAUUUAGCAUAAGCUUGCUCCUCCCCUGUAAGACAUCCAGCAUGGCUUUUUGGUAGCUGCUUCUUCUUCUUUAGUGAUCACUAAGUAAGAUUGUCUUCCAUAAACAAGGUUUUAACAGUGAGUCCGUAAGUGACUGUGGAGGCCAAUUCUGGACCCACACAUCCUUCCACAGUGGGGACAUUGGUUCCCAGGCAGGAGUUGAUCACAGUGUGGACUGGAAAUGGGAAUAAUCUGGGAUAGCGUUGCACUAAUGUAUCCCUGAUGAUAUGCUUCUGCUAAGACACUAGUAAGGGUACUUACAUCAAAUCCUAAAGCACUCUAGCCAGCAUUACUGAACUGUAGGACUGGGCAACCCAUGGCUAUAAUUUUUCUAAAGUCAAAAUUUUAGAAUUUUUCAUAGAUUUCAUGAAUUAAAUUUAUGCACAGGUUUUUUUUUGCUUGCCUCACGUUGAAAAGAACUUCAUUAAUAUAAACCUCUGAGGGAGGCAUCAACAAGAACAUCUUAAAUAUCCUGGAAUGGUAAGUUCCAGGAUAAUAUAUGGCUUUCUGCUUUAUUUACCGGAGUUUGGUCAUAUUUGGGCAUUGGGAUGCUGUUUUAUUGCACUUACUGCCCAGUUCUAAUGCACUUACUUUGUUACAUGUUCUGUUCUUAAGUGUUCUUCAGUAAUAAACUAUCAGUAGAACAGCAGAUACUGAAAAACAAAUACUCUUGAUCAUGGCCAUCAACUGGAUUGCUGAAAGCAGUCAGAUUCUAGAGCACUCAUUAGUUGGCACAGAGCCAGUGUCUUGGUGUGGAGUUUGACCCCAUUAAGAAAAGGCAUGUGCCUUAUAGCCAGAGCUGUGACUACUUAGCCUCUAUUAGUGUCUCCAUUUUCCUGGACUAAGCUUAAAUUUACACAGUCUGUUGGUGACCUCAAGCAGUCAUUCAGAGUGACGCUGCCUUACCCGACACAAAGAGAAAGAAGAAAUAUAACUGUGUGUCAUCAGUAUGCUGACCCAAUACUGAAAGCCACCUAGAUAGAGAUCCAGGAGACUCAACCCAGUCACACCAUCCCUGCCAUUACAGGUACUCUACCAGACUGAUCAAGGCAGAUUCGGUUGUGAAUCCUGGCCGGAAGCCAGACGGAAAUGAAUCUAGACAAUCACUUUCAGCUGAAAGCACUUGGAGCUGAUUUGCCACGUCAGGCUUCAGCAACUUGGCCGGGAAUGAUUACUUAAAAGCUGGCCUAUAAUUCCCUAAUACCAUGGGGAUGUGAGAAUGCCUUCUUUAAUGGGAUUACGACUCCUCCUUGAAGAACAGCUGGUCUUCCUGGUGCAAUGCAUUAAUGAAAGUCAAGUUAGAAUUUGACUGAUUGCCUUGGUAAGCCUUCAGAAACCAAGAUGAACAGGGUCAAGCAGAACAUCUGUACAUCUAAUAUAUAUGUGUAGAAAAGGAGUGUUGGCAGCUUGCCAGGACAGCUUGGUAUAGUAGUGUUCUUCUCCUGGUAAGUGCAGCUUUGUGUGUUAUCCUUACUUGAUCUCUCAGUGGCUUUUGAUACCAUGGUAUCCUUCUGAGCCAACGUAGUGGGAUGGGUAUUGGACACACUGUUCUACAGUGGUUCUGAUGCUAUAUCCAGGAUUAGCUUCAGAGAAUAGCAUUGGGUGAUGGUCUUUCAGCCUCCUGGUAGUUGUGCUGUAGGGUAGCUUUGUCUCCAGUGCUAUUUAACAUCUAUAUGAAGCCAUUGGGAGUGGUCAUUGGGAGAGAAGUCAAGCAAGGUGUCACCAGUAUGCUGAUGACCCCCAGCUCUACUUCUCUGCAACAUUUGAAUCAGGUGAGGCUAUGCAAAGCCUGAGCCAGUGCUUGGACUCAACAGAGAACUGGGUGAGGACCAGUAUCCCGGCAAGACAGAAGCACUGUGGGUGGGUGGUUACUGAGCCGAUUACUUAUUUGCAUGGGGUUGCACUGUCCCGGAAAGAUCUGAGGAUGCUCCUGAAGGCCCAGGUGACCUCAGUGGCCAGGAAUAUCUUCUAUCCAUUUCAGCUAGUAAGACGACUGCAGCAGUUCUGGACCAGGGUAGCCUUACCGCUGUCGUCCAUUCACUGGAAGCCUACAGUCUGGAUUAUUGCAAUGUACUCUAUAUGGGGCUGCCCUUGUGGAGGGUCUGAAAGCUGUAGUUGGUGCGAAAUGCAGUGGUGCUCACUGGGGCAGGAUAUUGUCCACACAUUACCCCGCAGUCGAUAUAAUUGAACUGGCUGUCAAUUAGCUACCAUGCUAAGUUCACUGUGCCGAUUUUGGUGUAUGAGGUCCUGUACAAUUUGGGACCAGGAUACCCAAUAGAUCAUCUCACCCCAUAUAUAUCGUGAGGGCCUCCUGCAGACGCCAUCUUUCUCUGGAGGUCCAUUCUGCACAAUGUAGGAACCAAGCUUUUAGUAUAGUAGCACCUGGUCUUUGGAAUUCCCUGCCCUUGAAAAAUUGGACAGGAGCCAUCUCUGGGGGGGUUUUGGCACCUGCUGGAUCUUUCCACAAGUCCUUUCAGCCAAGAUCUUUCCCAGUUUGCAUCUGCAUCUGAAUUGUUUUUAAGAUGAUUUUAUCCUUUUCACACUCAUUUGCUGCACUGGACACUUGGGAGGAAGAGUGGGAUGUACUUUUAAAAGAUGAAUGAAAUGAAAGGAAAUACUUUAUUGUCACUUGUACAACUUGUAUACAGUGAGAUUACACGAGCACCCCCCACUCAGCUCUCUUAUUCUUAAUCCCCCCGUUUACUGACGCACACCCACCAAACCCAAAAGUCAGUUGCCCUGUUGUUAUCUUUUCAUUCAGCAGCCUAACAGCCCACGGAUAGAAGCUAUUCUUUACCCUGUUGGUGCGACUAAUCAUGCUUCUGUAUCUUCUGCCUGAGGGCAGGAGAUCAAGAAAGUGCCGGCCCAGGUGUGAAUCAUCCCUGAGAAUUUCCCUCACUCUCCUGAGGCAACGUUCUUCCGCUAUUUCAUCCAGCAGAUUCACGGGACAGCCCAUAAUAUCUUGUGCUGUAUUCACCACCCUCUGUAGGCACUUCCUAUCAGAUGAUGUCAAACCAGCGUACCACACCGUGAUGCAGUAUGAAAGGACACUUUCUAUUGUUGACCAGUAGAAGGAGAUCAUCAAAUGUUGAUUGACAUUGUUCUUCAAUACUCUGAGGAGAGUAUUUAAUUUAAUUUAAUCUGGAUUCUACACGUAUGUAGUUUUGUUCUCACUGAAAGGAGUUAAACUGAGGCAGGAAUUAAGAGUAAAAUAUUUCAGAGAAAAUGUCCCUGAAGUGGUCAUUACUUCUCAAAAAGAUACAUUUCCCGGUGGCAGAAAAUGAUCUUUGCUCUUUUCCCCCUCUUCCAGGCUUGUGUUUGGCACUCUUUAUCCUGCAUAUUACUCAUACAAAGCUGUAAAAUCAAAGGAUAUUAAAGAAUAUGUAAGUAUCACUUCUGGGAUUAUCAAGGUAAACCUAGGUUUCCGUUCGCAAAAUGCCUCCCAGUGGAUUUUACCUGGCUCUUUAGGCAGAAUGAAGAACUUAACAUGCUUCAGAGUUUCAGAUUUGAUUUCCCUAUAUGUAUAUUUGGUGCUAAAUAAUCAGCGUACAUCUUCCACCAUUUUGCCUCACCUGAGAAAAGAAGAAAUUUUUGUAAAAGCAAUUUCUAUAGCUAACCUGGAGACUAUUUAAAAACACAUAUGCUAGGUAUAAAGUCCCAUUGAAUGAUGCUUUUGCGUAGCGCUUGCAUAAAAUCCCAUUAAAAAACAAAAAGUAGUGGGAAGCCUGCAUGACGUACAUCUUUCUUGUAUGCCUUCAACUCCCUACUUAAAUGGUUAAAUUCUGUAUUCCCAAAUUCAGUUUAAAUAGGGUCAUCAUGGUGGUUUAGGUAAUUUAUAGAGGUGUAUUGGAUGUUAACACCAGCGCUGAACACAAUGUGGGCAGCCAUUUUGUCAUUAGUUAAAAAACAAGAACCUUCGAUACAGAGUUCAUGAACAGUUAUUGCCUGUUAAUGUUAAAAAAAUAUUAUUACCAUGGCCCUUCCCAACUACAGUGAACUUAACUGCACCUCUUAGCAUACAUUUGGGCUGGUAUACCCAACUCUAACCUUCAGAUAGCAGGAAUUAGGCAUUCAGUAGCUAAUUUUGUAGUACUGUAACCUGGUUUUGGGGUACAGUAAAAACAGUUUGCGAAUACUGGGUGCAGUGAUACAAAACAGAUAUGGGAAUUCACUGAAAUUGUGAUAGUCGUACUUACAAGGCAAGGCUAGAUUGAGGCUAAGUAGCUAAGCUGAAAUGAAUGAAUAGCUAAAUAUUCUCAGUAGUUUACAAGAGAGGGGAUCAUAGAAAUAUCGUGCAAUAUGGAGGUAUAUAAAUAGCAGGUGUUAUGUAAUAUAAGGACUUAUCCUUGUAACUUUUUCAUAGCUGUCAUUGGAGAGGUUUGGGGUUAAUUAGGAUUAUCAUAUCCAUUUCAGCAUAAGAGUGCACAGAGAAUAUUCAGAAUUGCAGACGUGAUCGCUUGUGGCACCAACAAAUGCUGUGGCCAGGAGCCUUACUCUGUGAACACUUCUUUUAGAGAUGAGUUUACUCCAUCUUGGAGGCAUAAACUGUGUUCUGUUAGGCCCACAUUUGUAACUGGAGAUAGCUCCUAGUGCCCUCUUCCCAUUCCGUCACUUAGGAGUAAAUCUAAAGAUACUUCAAGACUCUUGUACAACUCUUGAAUCACAAGAAUGGCCAGGAAUGCCUGCACUUUAGUGACUCACUUGAACUGAUGUAUUUGUUAUAUAGGCACUGCAUACAGUUUUUAGAUACUUUCUAAAAACAGUUCUAGGCUAAUAAUGAAAACUCAAGUUCUUAAUUUUUAAACAGUGUGAACUAACUAUUAAGCUUAAUAAUGCAUUACAAAAUGAAGCAUUGGUUUGUACAAGUAACCUAGAUUGAAAUUUGGUGAAUGGUGUGAGUUUGACCUCUCCUCCACAAGAACAUUGAAAUAUGAUUUAUAAAUCUAAAUGUAAUUCAGUGCAAUUUGAAAACAGAGUCUCAAUUUCAUCUAUUUCAUUUCCUGUCACUUUCUUGGGUCUUAGGAAAAAUUCAUAUCAUAUAAUUAAAGCACUGUUAUACCACUGUAACAGUCAUAGCUUCCCCCAAAGGAUUCUGGGAGCUGAAGUUAAGGGCCCUCAUGGAGGUACAAUUCUCAGCACCCUUAAACUACAGUGUGGUAUUCACCUAAGUGUUGCUCACAAGUAGACCCACUGAAAUUAAUGAACAUGAAAGCGAGUUCCAUAAAUUUCAAUGGGUCGUCCUUACGUAAUUCUUCAUGUCUGUUAGGGGUACGAGAAUGCUCUAAACGUGUGCUGUGGGUGUGACCAUAGUUUCUUGUGCCAAAUGACCCUUGUUCAAAUCACUCUUUUUCAUUUAUUCCAAAGAUUAGACAUUUUGGUGGCCAAGGCAAAAAAAAAUCUGAAGGAACCUUUGCCUUGUGCUUACAGAGUAUAUAGUAAUAAAAGCAAUAAUACGGGUGCCUCAAAAUCUGCCGCCUGAGGUAAACCAACAUGACUUGGCCCAAUGGUAGGACUGGCCCUGGCCCUGAGGGAAUGAGGCCUGGGAGAAAGAAGCAAUACCCACAAUCGUUAGGAAGUGCUAAACGAACAUUUGCUUAUAACCAUUCUUGUGCUUUAUUCCUAGGUAAAAUGGAUGAUGUAUUGGAUCAUAUUUGCACUCUUCACAACAGCAGAGACAUUCACGGACAUUUUUCUUUGCUGGUUAGUAUCCCGCCCAGAUGCUUCCUUCCCUCCCUCCCAAAAAAAAAAAACAAAAGCAGGGAAAAACAAAUGUUUUUGAAAGGAGCAAAAGUGCAAGAUAAUACUAGACGUUGCUCAAUAGCACCAGGUGCAUCAGAUGCUUAUCUUUAGAAGCUGGACACUUCCUCUGUCAGAAAUGCCACAUUAGUGUGGUACACGAGGGGUUUGGGGUGGGUGUUAUAAAUUGGAUGGGAAAUGCUGUGCAGGGAAAUGGCUGCAAAGAGUUUAAUGUGAUGGGUCUGCUGCAGUGAAUGGGAAGCUGUGAAUCCUGCUGCCACAUUUGGCUCUGAGUGGGUUAAACCACAGAGCCUCGACUUGCUGAUCAGAAGGUUGGCGGUUCGAAUCCCUGCAACGGGGUGAGCUUCCAUUGCUCGUUCCCUGCUCCUGCAAACCUAGCAGUUCUAAAGCACGUCAAAGUGCAAGUAGAUAAAUAGGUACCGCUCCGGCGGGAAGGUAAACGGCGUUUCUGUGCGCUGCUCUGGUUUGCCAGAAGCGGCUUAGUCAUGCUGGCCACAUGACCUGGAAGCUGUACUCCGGCUCCCUCGGCCAAGAAAGCGAGAUGAGCGCCGCAACCCCAGAGUUGGUCACGACUGGACCUAAUGGUCAGGGGUCCCUUUACCUUUACUGGUACUGGAGAGCACCCAGCAAAGUGGGUUGUGGAGGAUUAGUUUUAAAAAAGGGCAAAGCAGACAAAUUAAAAGUGCUCCACUCUGAGUGUAGUCAUAUGUGGAAGAGCAUAACAUUUGUCUGAGGCCGAAUCUAGUUUCAAGAAGAAAAACUGAAUCUAUGAUAAGAAUAAAUGAGAAUGGAACAAAGAGGAUGCAGAGUGCACACAGUAGAGAGAGGCACAGAAGAUAGAAUCUCCUCUCUGCCAUCGGCAAACUCACUAGCGUUGCCCAAGGAUGGUCCACUGUUGCAUCUUACCAUUCUUCAAGGCAAGAGCCCUCAGUGAUGAUUGUGGUGGAAUGAAGAACUCAGAUCAUACUGUGGGGAGAAAUAGCCAAACCAGCCCAAGCCCAGCUACUGGGAAGGAGAUUGCCACCACCUUAUUGCAUCCCACUUGUGGCCAGAAUCAGUACCCAGUCAGGGUGCUCUCUUCACAGCCACCCUUCGUUCUUCUUGAUCCAUUGACUUCCCAGGUGGGUGGGCUGGCAGUGACAAGCGAAGUUGGAACAGAGCCAGAAGGAAGAAAAAGUUGGCUGGGCCUUAGAAACUAUUCAAACCAGGCCCAUGUGGUGAUCAGAGUUCCCCUUCUGACAUAGCUGCAGUACACUUAACUUGUGUGUGUGUGCUUGUUUGCAUGAAUAUGUGCUAAAAGCGUCAAGGAAACAGGCCAUGGAGAGCGACCCUUGACUUUUCCUGCCCCAAGCUUAUAGUAUUAAUUGGCCUUGGGAAAGUCAUGGCAGGCUGUGGUGGAAGAAGAGGUGCUUGGGGGGGAGGAAAGUGGGAAGAGAACAUGAAGAAUCUGAAGUGAAGAGCAGGCAGGUUGCUGGCACUCGUUUGGCUGCAGGAGUUGUCGGAGGGAGGAAUUACAAGGCGCCAUCCAGCCAUCUUAGGGACUCCACUCUGGAUUUCUGAAGGGUUUACUCCCUAGCCUUCUCUUCUGCCAAAGAUAUCCUGCAAGGCAGCCGAGGUUUAGGGCCAGAGCUUUCCUUCUCCUAGAUGGGCUACCUUCCCAGGUUGAGCUGGUAGAAGGAAAGAUCCAGGGAAGUUUUUAAUGUGUGACAUUUUAAUGUAUUUUUAAUCUUUGUUGGAAGCCGCCCAGAGUGGCUGGGGAAACCCAGCCAGAUGGGUGGGGUACAAAUACAGUGGUACCUCAGGUUAAGUACUUAAUUCGUUCCGGAGGUCCGUUCUUAACCUGAAACUGUUCUUAACCUGAAGCACCACUUUAGCUAAUGGGGCCUCCUGCUGCUGCUGUGCCACCGGAGCCCGAUUUCUGUUCUUAUCCUGAAGCAAAGUUCUUAACCUGAAGCACUAUUUCUGGGUUAGCGGUGUCUGUAACAUGAAGCGUAUGUAACCUGAAGCAUAUGUAACCCGAGGUACCACUGUAAUAAAUUAUUAUUAUUAUUAUUAUUAUUAGGAUAGGGCUCUUGGAGAAGGAAGCAGAGAGGAGGGAGAAAAGGCACAAACAAGGAUAAAUAUAUUGUGCUUUUUGUCUGCGUGCCGUUUUCCAUUCCUUGUUUGCCUGUACCUAGUGAGUUAGUUUGUUCUCCCACCCAUUUCCCUGUUGCGAUAGAUGUUUGAGUUUAUUGGUGUGGUGGUGGAAACAGUCCGUCAAACCACUGCAAGCUGAACAAACUGGAGCUUCCUGUUUGCCUUCUCUUUCAAGCAUGAGCUGAAGGCCUCCCAGAUGCUGCUGGAUUAUAAUAUCCAUCAACCCGACUAUAACCAUUGGCCAUGCUGGCUGGGGUUGGUAGGAGUCCGACAUCAGCUGCAGGGCCACAUGUUACCCACCCCUGGCCUAGAGGAAGACUAUAACAGCCCUGCAGAAUCUGAUAUAUUUGUUUUUGUGCUGAGGUGCUUUGGCUGUACAUUAGGAUGUAUGGAAAUGAUUUGUUGUCUUCCUAGACCUUUUAGAAAUAAAAUAAAAAAUGUAUGGCAGGUCUGCAAAGUCAGUCUUGCACUCGCAGAGGAGAGAGCUAUAAUUUAGAUGUGUUAUGAGACUCUGCAGUUGCAUCAUCAGCCAAGAAGGCCUGAAUUGCUUAGAAGAAGAAAGAGAGAAAUGGUGCUGUGAGGAACCUUGUUUCGUUGUUAUUUGAGUGGGGAUGGAGAACAAUAUGAAGAGAUGACUGAACUUUUGAGAUCAAUUAAGGGAUUCUUGUCGGGAAGCGGGUGGCGCUGUCGGUUAGACCACAGAGCCUAGGACUUGCCGAUCAGAAGGUCGGCGGUUCGAAUCCCUGCAACGGGGUAAGCUCCCGUUGCUCAGUCCCCGCUCCUGCCAACCUAGCAGUUCGAAAGCACGUCAAAGUGCAAGUAGAUAAAUAGGUACCGCUCCGGCAGGAAGGUAAACGGCGUUUCCGUGCGCUGCUCUGGUUCACCAGAAGCGGCUUAGUCGUGCUGGCCACAUGACCCAGAAGCUGUACACCGGCUCCCUCAGCCAAUAAAGCGAGAUGAACGCUGCAACCCCAGAGUCUGCCACGACUGGGCCUAAUGGUUACCCUUUACCUUUAAGGGAUUCUUGAUUUGUCUAACAGAGUUAAAGAUAUCAGCAAAGGGGAGGGAGAAGGGGAGAAACUUCUAAAACAGGCAUGACCAACCUUUCUUCAGGCAGAGGCCACAUUGACCAGUGGACAACCCUCCAUCAACCACGUGGGCAUGGCUGAAGCGUGAAAAUGGGUGCAGCCAAAACAUAAUAAUAGACAACAUGGAAACCAUAGUUCUCAAAGCUGCCUUCUGAAAGGCUUUCUUAUAAGCUGUUUUACACUAUUUUAAAUCCUUUUUGGGUAUCUGUCACUAAAUUCAGAUUUUAAAAGGACAGAUUUAGGGGUGGGGGAUGCCUUGGUGGAGCACAGUUCAUGGGUUAGCUAUAUAAAUGCAUUUGGUCCCAUCAGCAAUUGGCCACAUAAAACAAGAACUGUAAUGCUGCCUUUGAAAAGGAACAGGUCAGCACUUUUUCAACAAGUGUCAAUGCAGCUAUCCAAGAAACUCACUGGCAAUAUAUCCUCCUCUAGUUCCUGGCUCUCUCUCUCUCUCUCUUAAGUGGAAGGAUGGUUGCACCAAAAUGUAACUUGGCACUCCAAGAUUAUUGUUUUUAAAGUAAUGCUACCAUAUUUCAAAACCAAUGUAAUAUACUUCUAUUUUUGACCUUUAAAGCCCUUCACGGCCUGGGACCCUCGUACCUACGGGACCGCCUCUUCCGGUAUGCCCCACGGAGAACCUUAAGGUCCAUAAAUAGCAACACCCUAGUGGUCCCGGGCCCUAAGGAAGUCAGAUUAGCCUCAACCAGAGCCAGGGCCUUUUCAACACUGGCUCCGGCCUGGUGGAACGCUCUGUCCAUGGCCCUGCGGGAUCUGAUUUCUUUCCGCAGGGCCUGUAAGACAGAGUUGUUCCGCCUGGCCUUUGGCUUAGAAUCAAUUUGACUCCCUCCCCCUCUUUUUCCUUUUUUCCUUUCUCCUCCUGUGAUGAGGCUGCAUUUUAAUGUUUUAAUGUUGCAUUUUAAUCUUGUUUUUAAUCUUGAUUUCAAUCAACUUGUUUUAUUAUUGGUUGUUAGCUGCCCUGAGCCCGGUCUUGGCUGGGGAGGGUGGGGUAUAAAUAAAAUUUAUUAUUUUGUAUAUCUAUAUCUCUAUAUCUGAUGUGCUAGAUUUUCAUCCUGGAUUAUACUCUGAUUGUCAAGAGUGUUGAUUCUUAAAUGUUGGAGGAGGCCUAAAUGUACAAAUUUCUGCUCUUUUCUUUUCCUGCAGGUUUCCAUUUUAUUACGAACUCAAAAUAGCUUUUGUAGCUUGGCUGUUGUCUCCUUACACAAAGGGCUCCAGCCUCCUGUAUAGGAAAUUUGUGCACCCCACACUGUCCUCGAAAGAAAAGGUAAUUGCAUCUGUUUCUCACUACUGUGGUUGGGGGUAGUGAUUAUUGCAGAAGAACAAUUUAGGCUGCAAUUCCAUUCAUACCUAUCUUGGAGUAAGCCCAGUUGGGCUUGUUGCUGAGUAGAUAUGUCUACGGCAUAUGUCAUUUUCAUGUAUUAUUUAAAUGUUCUGCUAUUCUCUCUUGAUAAGGUACCGGUAGUUCUUUCACCUCAGCCAGUUUUUUUUAUCUGGUUUGUGUUGCUUUGCAAAGCUCAGAGCUGCUGAAUCCAAAACUAUUCAUUUCUCACAAAUUACUAUAAACAUAAUUACUGAACAAAUUGUCCCUACUGAGAUGAGGAAAUGAUGGUCAAAUGUACCUGGAGCUAUUGGACUUAAACACUUUCAGGUGGUCUGGUAGCUUGGUUUCUAAUAAAAAUAAAGUAUCCACAGAUCGUUUUAUUAGUUUAACAAAUGUACAGGCCACCAUUCAAAAUUCCUCCAUGGCAGCCAUUUAAUAGAAUUAAAAACCACAUAAAAUAACAUAAUUAUAAUCAUAAUAACAGUAAUAACAUAUUUCAGAUCCUUGUAUAUCAUUAAUUAGUUUCGAUAUAUCACAGCCAACCGGUAAAGCUGUAAAGAGCUUAAGGCCAGGAUAGCUCAAAGACCAGUUCAUUUCCUAUGAACCAGCCCAUAGACUGAAAUUCUCUUUUAAGGUCUUGUUAUAUGUUCCACCACCAAAAGAGGUUCAUUUGGUGGGAAUCUGACAGUGGCUUUGCCCUGGCUAUGGACUUCCCUCCCAAAGGAGGUGCAACUAGCUCCAUCCUUUGUGACAUGCAAGGCAGGCGGUAAAAACAUUCCUUGUGGCUUUCAAUAUGAUUGGAGAUUUUCAGUUCUGCUUUUGUUUAUUUUGAUGGUUUAGUCAUAGUUUUUGUCACCUGAAGGUGUUUGGUUUGGCUUUAUUCUUUUAUGUAAACUGCUCUGGGCCCUUAAUUUUUUAUUUAUUUAUAAAUAAUCAAACAGCUUGGUAGAUGUGAGUAUCAGCUUCGCCUCCAGGGCAGGUGCCAAAACCUCUUCCUCAAGAUAGGCUAUAAGAUUGCUCCUUCUCAAACUGGGCCUCAGCCAGGCUUGGGAGAAGGCAAAGCCCCAGAGGUAGCCUUCUUAUUUACCUGUAUCUAUACAGGCCCCAAGGGACGUGGGUGGCGCUGUGGUCUAAACCGCAGAGCCCAGGGCUUGCCGAUCAGAAGGUCGGGGGUUCGAAUCCCUGCGACGGAGUGAGCUCCCGUUGUUUGGUCCCUGCUCCUGCCAACCUAGCAGGUCGAAAGCACGUCAAAGUGCAAGUAGAUAAAUAGGUACCACUCCGGCAGGAAGGUAAACGGCGUUUCCGUGCGCUGCUCUGGUUGGCCAGAAGCGGCUUAGUCAUGCUGGCCACAUAACCCGGAAGCUGUACGCCGGCUCCUUUGGCCAGUAAAGUGAGAUGAGCGCCACAACCCCAGAGUCGGUCACAACUGGACCUAAUGGUCAGGGGUCCCUUUACCUUUACCUAUACAGGCUCCAGGCUCUCCCUCAUGGUCAGAUUAUUGGCAAACUUGUGAUUCUUAUUUUUUAAAAGCUGCAUUUAAAGCGUGUCGGUUCUAAUGCUUACAACAUAUGGAAAACAUGAAUGAGGAGAACUGAAUUCUUUCUCACCUUCCCUUUCUCACACUCUGUUGCUUCAACAGCAGAGAGAGAGAAAAGAAGGUAGAUUCGGCUCCCCUCACCUACACACUCUUUUGAAUAUAAAAAUCCCUAAACACUUUAUGUAGUAACUGGGGAGACACAUGAAUAAACAAGCAUGGCUGCCCUUCUUGCAAGUGGUUCGACCCAGAAUUGUCUCUGAAUGUGUCUGAGGACAGAGAAUGAAUGCAAAAGUACUUUGGAGGAGCCUGGAGGCGAAAUCCCUUUCGAUGGUGUUUUUAUUUUAUUUAUAUAUAUUUUUUGUCUUCCAUGAUAGGAAAUAGAUGACUGCCUAGUCCAAGCAAAAGAUCGAAGCUAUGAUGCCCUGGUGCAUUUUGGGAAGCGGGGGCUAAACGUUGCAGCCACAGCUGCUGUGAUGGCAGCUUCCAAGGUAACCAGUGGGAUAACGAAGGAUACAGUGGUUGUGUUAACAUUACAAGUCUAUGUUCCUAGCCAGUGGCAAUCAGUGCCUGAGACAUAACGCUCAGGGCAGAAUGCUCUUAAUUCUUUAACUUUUUAUGUACAGACCUCUUGUGACUAAUAAACAGAGGAAGAAUAUAGAAAUCUGGAAUUGUGCAAUCUUGGCACCACCUGCACUAUUUCAAGCAGGAUUAACCUCUUUAUAAUCAGUCAUGGCUUCCCCCAAAAGAAUCCUGGGAAAUUCAGUUUGUUAAGGGCGCUGAGAGGAGGCCCCCUUUCCCCUCACAGUGCUACAACUCCAAAAAAUUACCUGGGAAGAGGGUUUUAUUGUUAAACCACACUGGGAAUUGUAGCUCGGUGAGGUGAACAGAAGUCUUCUAACAAUUAUCAGUACCCUUCAGAAACUAUACUUCACAAGAUUCUUUGAGGGAAGCGAUGCUAUUUACAAACAUCCCAGAGUCUCAUUCAGACUUCUACUGACUUGUCCUUUUGGAUAACUGGCAGAAAAAUUCGGCUUUAGGGUUAAAAUCACAUACAAUGAGUGUACUGGGCUCAGAAAUUAUAAAGAGAUAUUUUACAGAAUGUAGCCCAAAUGGUACACAAAUCCAAGUGAGAAACACUUGGUUCUUUCAGAAACUGGAAUCGAUCAUAUGAACUCUUGUCUAGUAAUACUGGAGUAUUAGUUAAUUGAUACAACUGAAUUAUUUUAUUAAACUGUACUUAUUAGUAAUGACUUCUUACAAUUAUUGCAAUUAAAUAUGAUACAACUGUGGUCCAUUAAAAUGGUCACCUGCUGGCAUAAAGGAGACUCUCCUCUUAAUAUGGCCACUUUGUCCCUUUGGCAAAGGGUGUUCACGCUUUCAAGUUAAGAAACCUCAGGAAACAUUAGUUUUAGCCUGAGAUGUGGUGCUAUUACUAGUCAAUAUUGUCAGUGUAAAACAGAGAGACAUUGUCACACCGAACAAGCAUUCUAGGCAAGGUUGCUUUUGUCAUUUGAUUUGCAGACUCUGCAAAUGCAAAAAAUUAAUCUGAAGAAUUUCUGAUACGAGGUAUAGGCAUAGCUGUCAACUUACAGAUUUGAAAAUAAGGGACCAGCAGCCUCGAAAAUAAGGGAUCAGCAUCCAAAAUAAGGGAUUUUAGUCAACCAGCAGCCAAACAAAGCCUCAAGCAGUGGUUCCCACAGUGCAGCAACCCGGCAAAGGGGAUGCAGCAAGGAAAACCACCAUCACCUCUCCGCUGGGAAGUGCUGAGCAAAGGCGAGUCCCCAGGCAACGCGGCCGAUUUGAUCGGCACAAAGCAUGCAAGCUCCACCCCCCAGUCGUUCUUAGACUCCUUAGUGGGUGAGCAACGCAGCCAAGCAACACAAUUGGAGCCUCCCUCCUCCCUGGCCGGCAGGCAGGGAGGGAGAGGAGCUGCUUCCUUUGAUACCUGGGAAAUUUAAGGAACACCAUCAAUAAGGGACAGCAGUGGGACUCAGCGCUGGGAUAAGGGACUUUCCCACCAAAUAAGGGGCGGUUGAUAGCUAUGGGUAGAGGGCCUAAGGGUUUGAUAUAUAAAAGGGUGGGGAGCAUUUUUCAGGCAGAGGGCCACAUUCCUUUCUGGGCAACCUUCUGGAGGCCACAUGGCAGUGGUGGGUGGAGCCAUAGUUGACAAUGAGAGGAUCAACGAAUGUAAACUUUGACUAGUAGGCUAGCCAAUGAAGAGUGUGGCCUGGGGAGAUUUUUGAGGGUCACAUAGAGUAGUUCUUGAGGGCUGCUUUUGGCACCUGAGCUUGAGAUCCCCCCCAUCCCUGUUAAUAGAUUCGCCCCUUGACAUUGUGUUUAAGCUUUUCGUGAAUUGUUAUGAAGUGGAAUUAUGCUUUCCUAUAGGGAAGCAGUUUGAAAUUCUGGCCACUUCCAGGUUGCCACUAUUUUGCGGGUGGGAUUCAGUGACAUACUGGCAAAUUCAGGUUGCAUAGUCAAAGUGGAUUUGGCCCUCUCCCUCUCCCAAAAUGUGACUUCUUGUAGUAAAGAACGGGAGAGGAAAAUGCACCGAAAAUUCUGUUGUGAUACUUGUUUGAUGUGACAUCUUACAACAUCCCUGCGAACAAGGUGCUUCCCUCCCUUGCUGCCUGUGUCACCCACCCCACUGCCACCGCCAGAGAAACUGCACAGACAUUGGCACCGGUUUCGGGUGAGGUCUCAUGAAAUCGGGUGAUUUCAGUGAGAUCUCGCCUGAAAUUGGUGGUGGUGCCAGUGCUGCUUCUCUGCCAGAUGUGGAGGCGACAGGAUGUCCACGGGGGCACCGCCUUGAGGGCUUCCUCCACCGGAGGCCGUGGCCUCACCCAACCUAAUGGCUGUGCCGGCCUUGCCUGUAAAUAAACCAAAGUGGCUUCUCAAUAAACAGGUCACCUGGAAGUGACCUGAGUCGGUCAGUGUUUGCAAAAUGCCUGAAGGUCCUUAAGUACUGUAAGUAGAUAUAAAGAGUGUAUUACGUUCAGCAUUACUCUAAACCAGGCGUAGGCAAACUCGGCCCUCCAGAUGUUUUGGGACUACAACUCCCAUCAUCCCUAGCUAACAGGACCGGUGGUCAGGGAUGAUGGGAAUUGUAGUCCCAAAACAUCUGGAGGGCCGAGUUUGCCUAUGCCUGCUCUAAACAUUCUAGUGGACUACAGAUAAUAUUAGGCCAAGAAAAUCCGAGUGCACAGCUACGCCAUUGUCACACAAGCAACAGAACCUGGAAUGAUAGCAGCAAUAUGACCCACAGUCUCUUAGCACCAAAGUCCAUCUGUGACUUUGUUCACCUUUGCUGUGGAGUAUUCUCAAAAUUUGUCUGUGUCGUCAUGUGUUGCCACAAUGGGGUCUCUUUUUCACCUGCCAGAUCUCCCAGCUCCUUCAGUUUCUCUUGUAUUUGGACCUGAAAGAAGGGCAGGUAACCCUGUCAGUGUUUCUGUUAACUGCUAAACUAACCACCAUGAUUGGAAAAUGUUGUAGCAUUUAUUACAAAAUAACAACAACAACAACAAAGUGUUGUGGUCACUAUUGGGACUAACAGAGUACUGAUUUUGGCUUAGUUUCCCUUCUGUGGCUUUUGUGUAUUCAGCUUUAAAGUCUAACUCGGGUUUUACUAGUAAAAGCAAACCAUUACUUCUAUUCUGAUCCAAAAUACAGAGCUGGGGACAGCUUUCAAUGUAUCGCAAGAAGAUCCAUUAGAAAUAUUAGCUUACAUUUAAUUGUCUGUUGUCAAAGAUGGGAAUGUUCAUUCUUCAACCCAGCCAAGGGUGCAUUCCACAUACAGUGGUACCUUGGUUUACAAACUUAAUCCGUUCCGGAAGUCCGUUCUUAAACCAAAGCGUUCUUAAACCAAGGUGUGCUUUCCCAUAGCAGCAGGGGACUCAAUUUACAAAUGGAACGCACUCAACAGGAAGCGGAACAUGUUCUGCUUCCAAGGCAAAGUUCACAAACCAAAACACCUACUUCCGGGUUUGCAGCGUUCUUAAUCCAAGUUGUGCAUAAACUAAGCUGUUCUGUAUUAGAUUUACCAGGAGCGCAUACGACUUAAGAAGAAAUUCAAGUUUCAUGAAGGUUUCCCUACUGAAGUGACUUCAGUACUGGGAGAUUCAAGCAUGGAUUAAACUCAGCAAGGAAGGAAGCCCUUACUUCACCUUGUGUUACACAUUGCAUUUUUAGUUGGAGCCUCUGAGCACAAUCUACCAGCAAGUUCUUUUGCAGAAGCCCCGCUCAGUGCAGUGCCUGUUUUAUAGGAGUUUGCAUAGAAAUAUACCAUAUAUAUAUAUAUAUAUAUAUAUAUAUAUAUAUAUAGUGCCUUUUGUGUUUUAUAUCUGGUUUUAAUCACGGUACCCUCAAUGAUCUUUGUUUAACAUCAAAUAUCUUUUUUAAUCCAAACUAAAAUGUUAAUCUAGAUAAAAACACAGAUCCAGAGGAAAAGAAGAGAGAGAAAAGAAGGAGGUAGAGAGAGAUAGAAAAAUAAUUGAAAGAGAUUUUUAAAAAAUAAAGUUAAGAAACUGAAGAACUUCUGAUUCUUCAUCUGGCAGCUAUAUAUAAACAUUCAACUCAUUCACUCCAAUAUAACACCCAGCAAGACUACUUUCUGUAAGCCAACAUUAUCUUCAGCCUUCAAACCCAAAUGUCAUUAAUUCAUUUUCUUUUACACACAAAAUUCUAUGAGAGGUUUCCAAUCUUUAGUAAAUAUUAACAAUGGCUUUUCUCUGAGUAAACAUGCCAAUUUCACUAUAUCGGCUAAGCCCAAUAAUUUUAAUAACCAUUCCUCCAUAGCUGACAAUUAGUCUUUCAAUCUUUGUGCAUAUUAAAAUCUCGCCGCUGUAAUCAUAUAUUGGAACACAACCAUCUUUAGAGGUACCCACCCCCAAAAAAAUCACACUGCCAAAUGCUGCACAAAAUUUGGGCUGAAUACUUUAACCCAGCACUAAUAUGGCAAAGAGUUAAGUACCAUCCCAUGCAUAAGGAAAAAUAAGUCCCGAGGAAGAUGUUGCUUUGUACAGCAACCAUCUCAGAACUGAAACUAAAGAAAUUUCAGACACCUAUUUCAGAUGACAAAGAGUUUUGCACACCUUGAAAACAUGCUGUUUUUCAGGAACAGCCUGAUAAUAUAUGAAAAAGAUUCAGAAGGCAUCUGUGCCUGUUGGAAUAAUAAAGAGGAAUUAAUUGAACAUGUUUUAUGUUACCUUUUCAAUUUUACUGUAUUUUUUGCUCUAUAAGGCUCACUUUUUCCCUCCUAAAAAGUAAGGGGAAAUGUGUGUGCGUUUUAUGGAGUGAAUGCAGGCUGCAUAGCUAUCCCAGAAGCCAGAACAGCAAGAGGGAUUGCUGCUUUCACUGCGCAGCGAUCCCUCUUGCUGUUCUGGCUUCUGAGAUUCAGAAUAUUUUUUUUCUUUUUUUCCUCCUCCAAAAACUAGGUGCGUCUUGUGGUCUGGUGCGUCUUAUAGAGCGAAAAAUACGGUAAUCCAGGAAAAAAUGGUCUGUCUCAGUGUAAGUCUGUAUGUUGCUGAUAGAUUUAUUGUCCUCUUCAUGUUCUGAAGAUGUGCAGAAAUGCAAUAAAUUAAUCGCUUAAGGUACCCCGUGUCUCUUUGUCCGUUUUCACAGGGCCAGGGCGCGCUGUCGGAAAGGCUCCGCAGCUUCAGCAUGCAAGAUCUCACCACAAUUAGGGGAGAGAGCAGCAGCAGCAGCACUGUGAGUCCGCCUCCUCCUGCCCCCUCAGUUUCAGCACGAACAAGUAGCAAGCAGAGUCACCCCAAAACGUCCAAAAGUGCAUCAGAAAGUAUUGGACGCUCAGGUCAGUGCAAGAGUUAAUUUCCCCCCUCUCUGCAUCGGUUACCUAAAAGGAGCAAGAAUUAAGCACGAGAACUGUAGAAGACUUAUGGGGCAGUCCCCGCAUACCUCUGGUCUUUACCAAGGGGUUGAACUUUUUGCGUGGCAGCCCCUUCCCCGUAGAGCUGCUUGUCAAUAGAGAUUCUACAAGAGUCCUCCCUGUUCGUAUUUACCGUAUUUUUGGCUCUAUAAGACUCACUUUUUCCCUCCUAAAAAGGAAGGGGAAAUGUCUGUGCGUCUUAUGGAGCGAAUGCAGGCUGCGCAGCUAUCCCAGAAGCCAGAACAGCAAGAGGGAUUGCUGCUUUCACUGCGCAGCGAUCCUUCUUGCUGUUCUGGCUUCUGAGAUUCAGAAUAUUUUUUUUCUUGUUUUCCUCCUCCAAAAACUAGGUGCGUCUUGUGGUCUGGUGCGUCUUACAGAGCGAAAAAUACGGUAGAUGCCACACACACACACAUACACCACACAACACACCUAUACCUAUACACACACACCCUCUGUUUUUCAGACAGGCCUUUCAAACCUGAGAUUCUUUGCCAACCAGCUUUCCAUUGAUACACAUGCCAUUUUUCAAUGGUUUCCCCUGGUUUUCAGGGAUGUUUUAGCUGAAUUGUGAUGUUUUUGGCAGAAUAUUACAGACUGGAAUAAAGUGGACCUGGAAAGUGCAAUCUCCUACCAUAUUCACCUCUAGCCCUGCCAUCCUCCCCCUUUUCUACCCAUUAACUGAAGACCCAAACAGUUCUCAGAUAUUAACUUUUGUGGUAAGGAAGUCCAAAUAACAUGUUUCCAUUUUUCCAUUGUCAUUCAUCCAAUUGUUUUUUUGGGGGGGGCUUGAUGUUACCUACUACAUAGCUGGAUACAAUAUUACUGCUGCCACAAACAAUGUUGGGAUUUUUAUGCUUGCAAAAUGCAAAAAUUGUUUAGUUAGAUAAUAUUGUAUUGGAGAGACAUAAGGCAACUCUGUGUUUCAAAUGGAAUCUGUCAAUGGUCACCCUAGAAUCUAGGACAUGGUUAUAGGACUGAGGUGACCAUUUGAGCACCUGCCACUUAAAAUCUAAUUCAAUUAGAAUUAAUAAAAAGUAACUUUAGACUUUGAUAUUUGCAUGUUUGCUGUUGCACAUUGCCUUACCCUAUCUUAUCACAAAAUUUCACGCUAUGGGCUUGCAGCCAUCUAUUUCAAUAUGCACUUAGCAGAUCUGUAAGGGCUAGGGGGAUGCAGUGUCGGGCUUCUGCCUCCUCUUCUGUAUUUAUCACAUUCAGGAGACCUAUCAAAGUACUAAAUUUAAUCUGGUCCAAUAAACAACACGCUUACUUGCUCUUUCUAAAAUGUUAUCACUGUUGUUCUGGGGUGGUUAGGGCUUCUGCUACAGCAGAGCUUUCCUGAGAUCUGCAGGUGAAGGGCGGUAUACAAAUUUUAAUAAAAAUAAUAAUAUAAAGAUCCAUAUAGUGCCCAUGUUGUGCUUAGUGUGGUUCAGAAGUUACUUUUUGCCCAGAGACAUCUCAGUUGAAGAACUCCAGUUGCUGUGGACUGAAGAACUUGGGGAUAAGGGUUGCUUUCUCUGUCCCUGGAAUGAAAAGGAGCAGAUGGUUUUGUGUUUGUAAUGCAAGUUGCACUGGGCAAAACUCCAUGUAAAUGGCACUUGAUUUGCUAAAUCCAGUAUAGCUGCAAGUCUAAAGGUGACCUGAGUUGCAAAACCAAAUUUACGGUGAAGCACCUAGUAAUUUUAGGCACUCAGAAUGUGACAAAGAUGCUGAAAAAACACAGACAAGUAGAAUAUACUCAAUACUGUGCAGUAGUGACGAGCUCCCUGAAAUCCAGAAGCAGAUUUAAAAAGUCACUGUCACCCCCCUUCUCUUCCCUGUAUAGUAAUCUAUCCGAAGCCACAAUAAUUUGCUGACCAGGCUCAUUGCAGCUGUCUUUCUGCCUUUAAAGGGAGUGUUAAAUGUACAAAGCAACUGCAUACAGGGUGCAUUCAAGUACAUCUGUAAACAAGACACACUGCUAAGUUUCCCUCAGAGCAGACCCACUGCAAUUAAUGGACAUGACUGUUAGGUCCAUUAAUUGCAUUGGAUUUACUCCGAGUAAACUAAUAAUAAUAAUAAUAAUAAUAAUAAUAAUAAUAAUAAUUUAUACCCUGCCCAUCUGACUGGCUCGCCCCAGCCACUCUGGGUGACUUCCAGCAUAUAUAAAAACAUGAUAAAAUGUUAAACAUUAAAAGAACUUCCCCUAUACUUGUUGAAUUCUGUGUUUCCGACCUCUAUGGAGUGAACCCCACCUUAACAGUGUGGUGUUGGCCAUGUGUACUUAUCAGGGAUUUGAAUGCUGAUUCAGUCAUUCUGUUUUGCUUUUUUGCUCCUGCCAUGCUCUCUGCAUCCCCUGAACAUUUAUUCAUUUGAAUGUUCAGCUGUCGGUUUUGUUUUCUUAAAGAAAAGAAAGAAAAGGGAAAUCCGUUUUUAAAAGAAUUGCCAAACAACAUGUGGAAUGAGCAGGGGUGGAGGGUUUGUGACAUUGCUGGGGCCAGCCAGUCAGCUCAUCCCUAGUGAUGAAAUAGUUUGUCCUUCUGGGUCCUGUGGUAGAUAUUCUUCUACAGCAGGCCUAGGCAAACUUGGCCCUCCAGGUGUUUUGGGACUACAACUCCCAUCACCCCUGACCACUGGUCCUCUUAGCUAGGGAUGAUGGGAGUUGUAGUCCCAAAACAUCUGGAGGGCCGAGUUUGCCUAUGCCUUGUUCUACAGCAGCCUGACUGCUCAGCUAAUGCACGCUUUAUAUGGAGCCCAGGUUAACAUUCAGAGGGAAGAGAUGCAGUGGGCUGUGAAAUAUUGCGCGAUGAUAUCAAUCUUCACAUAUCAGCGCAUGCCACGCUUUAUUGUCUGUAUGGGCAGGCAAAGAUGAGCACACACAGCCUGUUCGCAGCACAUUGCACUAUAAGCAGCUCAUACUAUAGGCGCAUGCAUUGUUCCUAUCACAUACAUACAAAAUAGGUUAUCUCUCCAUAUUAUCUCACAUUCUCCAUAAGAGUAAAUAGAUAAUAACCAGAAGCCCGUAUCAAAAGAGUUGGCUGACUGAAGAAUAUGAAUGGGUGGUGUCAGUUUGCUUGCACAGUGGGACUUUCAGCUUCUUUUCGCCCCUCCCCCCGGCCCCCAAAAUCUAAUUCUUUAAUGCCUCAGUUUUGUUAUUUGAUGUAAAAAAAGAAGAUGGUUUUAACACCCAGCUGCAUUUUUUCUAGUAUCCUGAGCAGACUUCUCUGAAGUAUCCGGUGAUGUAAAAAAAUAAUACCUGUGUGUGAGAUACCAUACACAAAGACUGCUUGUCAGUGCCUUCGGCAUAAUCAAAUGGUUAUAAUGUUGGGUAAAAUAGAUACUCAAGCAAGCCUUGCAGUUUGUGAAAGCACAGUUAUAGUUUUAUCAAUUAGGUGUGCAGUGCGGUACUCAAGGGUCAAUGAGCUUUAUAGAGGCUUGCAGAAUGAAUUUCUGGGUGUGUUUUUAUUUUUGUGGCCGAAUGGAUGAUAGAAUUUGCCAGGGACUCUUCAAUCAGCCUUGGGCAAGUUGCCCCUCUAGUUUGUUUUAUUUGUGAUUUGGCAACAAUAAUACCCAUUGGCCUGCCCCACUUAGAUAAUUAAUGAGAUAAUAAUUGUAUGAGUACUUCGUUGCCUUCUGACAAAUAGCAUCGUAUCCGUGUGCACUUAGCUAUUUCCACUCUUAAUUACAUGGGGCAAAUGCUAUGUAUCCAUCUCUUAUGUAGUUGAGUAUAUAAAUGGAGCAUAGCUUAACCUUGUCUGUUCUUUGGCCUCCAAAAUGGCUUGGGGGGAAAUGAACUUAAGUGCUUUACCACCCCUCCCAUCUCGGCAUGAUAAGCUCUUAAUAUAUGGCUCCUUUUCCAGCGUGUGCAUGUUGUUCGGUUUGCCGCAUUGUCCAAGGUGAGUACUGGAUUCCUCUUCUGAAAUCCAUGCGCCCUUUGUGAAACCUUAGUUCCCGUUCCUUGCAGUUGCUGUGCCCUAACUGGGGGUUUUAUUACUGACAACCAGAUUUAAAAUGUAUGCACCUUAAUGCAUGUGGUUUUAAUCGGUUCCCUUUGCAAUGAGCUGUGUGCCUUGCCAAGACUUUGGAGUGUUGUUUUUGUGUAAGCAUUGUACAGAAAAAUGGGAUUGUUUCAUAAGGUACUUUAACACUGAUGUUUAGUAUGUGCUUUGCUUUAAUUCCCGCUGAAGGAAGGAUUACUCAGAUUAACAGGUGCCAUCACAAAGUCAUGGCUGGCUUGAAUUUGGACGGUUCAAUAUUAGCUUUAGAUUUUGCAGCCUCUUUCAAAUUGAUCCAGUCACAAAAACGGCCCCUGAUAGCAUGUGCAACAUGUGCAUUAAGGCGCUUGUUUGCAAAGGUUUCCAGUGCAUCAAAAUCCACUGUAGGGCACAACCUUUAUUGGGUUGAAACAAGACGUCACAAAAUAGUGAGCAAGCUUUCAUCUUCUCCAGAACUCUUCCGCGGGCUGGAUGUUAAACAAAUUGUGUAUGUAAGGAGGGACGCUGUCUUGCUGUUAAAGUCAUACAUCUGCAGUUGUGUACAUGCAAUACCUUUUAAAGCACAGUCUUUUCCUCAAAGAAUUCUGGGCACCAUAGUUUACUGGCACAGUGAAGGGGCCUGAAUUAGGCCUGUUGGCAUCAAGGAUUGAAAUCAAUCCCCCAGUUUGAGGGGUUUCUGCUGGCUACUGUUGGCAGUGAUACUGGUGCCAGUACCUUCUAAGUAAGGAUGAAAGAAGGCAGUGAUGAUUCCUGUUCCAAAGUAAUCGUCACAAUCAGCCCUGCUUCUGUUCCGCUGCAGUUCAGUUUCUGCCAAACGCUGUGUUAUUCAUCUCGCUGUCCACUGAUACAAGUUGCGUGACUUGCAUGAUAUGUUGUGUAACUAUUUACGUAACUUGCUUAACAUACGUUCAUUUCAAUGUAAAGGAAGCACUGAAACUGUUUAAAAACAAAACAAAAAAAACACCCCAGUCUCUAGUAAUGUACCGUUUGCAGACUUAAAAAGAACAACGAUGUGAAUGAAGGCCAGUUGCAUUUGCCUGACUGAUUUCUGUUCCUGACCACAGAUGAAUACACAGACCACAGAAAUUUCUGCUUCCUUUUUUGUUGUUGUUGGAAUUCCUAUUUUCGUCUGACUACCAUUUGGGUGGGCACAUUGGGCGACUCCUCACUGGAGGCAUUUGGCUAAGCUAUGUGAGAGCUCUGUGUGUUUGAAUGGAAUGGGUAAGCGUGUGUUUCUUGGUGCUGAUAUAAAAGUGUGGAGUUUUUUGUGUGUGUUUGUUUUUGUGUCUGCAAGUACCGUAUUUUUCGCUCUAUAAGACCAGACCAUAAGACGCACCUGGUUUUUGGAGGAGGAAAGCAAGAAAAAAAUAUCCUGAAUCUCAGAAGCCAGAACAACAAGAGGGAUCGCUGUGCAGCGAAAGCAGCGAUCCUUCUUGCUGUUCUGGCUUCUGGGAUAGCUGCGCAGCCUGCAUUCACUCCAUAAGAUGCACACACAUUUCCCCUUACUUUUUAGGAGGGAAAAAGUGAGUCUUAUAGAGCAAAAAAUACGGUAGGUGGUAAAUAUUCUAGGCACUUUAUUCCUUGAAAUGAGCUAAAUUAGUUGUCAUAAUAUGCAUAAUUUCCCUUGGUGUUCUACUUUGCAUUGAUGUUGAGUUCCCUUCCAUGUAUCCUCUUGGUCUGCGACUUGGUUCACUGCCUUGCAUGACUUGCUUUGCAUGAGUUUGAGUUCUUUGCCAUGGAUUCACUGCCUGUUCUUUGGAAUAGAAGCUCUUGGUCUCAGUGUGACCCACCUGUAAAAUGGUAUCAAGGGACUUGUGCAAGCACAUGUGUAAUUUAAAGAGUUUACUGCUGAGCUGCACACUUUGACAUACCUAGGCUUUGCCCCUGAAGCUCACCUGGAUACUAGAAUUUUGCCAUCCUAGCUCUUGCUGUUUGAAACAGGAUGUCAAAUGCGAUGGACCUUCGUCUAAUUCAGCAAGGCCAUUAUUAUAAAUGAGAAGCGUUGCAAAGGCUUCAAGAGGAAUGAUUAGAUUAAAUAAGGGCUGGAAAGUGAAUCUGGGAUUUAGCCUACAUCAGUAGUGAUUUUAGGAAGAGCUGUUCCAGUGGGAAAGUAUUGGAAACCAUUGUGCACUAUAGCUGAUGAUUACUUCUGGGUAUAAUCUGAAUGAAUAUUCAGUUUAGGAAUCCAUUUUUCAGAGUUCACUUGUGGCAGGUAUUAAGAAAAUGGCCCAGCAAUGUCCAAACUGACACCACCAGAUUACAAUAUAAGAAUGAGCAGCUAUAUGCUAUAAAUCUGGAUCCCAUCCAUUGUUGUUAAAAGCCUUUAUAUUUGAGACGAAUCUUAGACAAGAUUCAUUUAUGGGGAAGCAAAUAGAAAUGUGAUGACAUCAUUUCCAAACCUCUUUAGCCUUAAAAUACUUUAGUGUUUUCUUAGUUUGUUUUGUCUAGAAUCUAGUAAAGAGAAAAGAUAUUGUUGAUAAUUACACAAAAGGGUAACAGAUAUGUUUUUAAAAAAACAGUACCAUCUCUGUUUGUUAAGUAAACACCUCUUGUUAGAAGAUGCUGAUCUCUACAAGGCAUGAAGAGUGGUUUCAUUUGCUUUCUUUGCACAAAAUACAGACGCUAUUUUGUUUAAAGUAAUGCUAUUGACUGUAUUGGUGACUCCUAACUUAAAUGUUUUAGCUGUUCAAUUAAUCCUCUAUAUUUUCUAUUAUGCUGUAGAAUGAGCUGAUGAGAAAUCUUAUUGAUAAGGCAGUGGCUAAAAUAGUAAAAUUGAGCUGACUUGAAUAGUUUAAAAAUGAAUGCUAUUUGUGGCCAUCUCAAAAAAAAAAGGGGGGGGAAAAGACUAUUGAGUUCAGUUGAUGAUGCUAUUUCCCCUGCCAAGUACUUUCUAUUUACUGUUUUUUCUUUCUUUCCUUAUGUAAAUAUUUUGGGAUAUGGAUGUAAGUGUUACUGGUUUGCAUGGCUUGGACAGACUUCCAAGUAAAUAGUCAGAGGGUUUGCACUGCUCAACUAAGAAUUGCUUCUUUCUCACCCUUAAUUUUUUUAGUAGUAUAUAGGUUGUUCCUAAUUGUGUGCAGUGUGCCCGGAGAUCCUUCUCUAAUCACUGCUUUCUAGAUUUUAUUUUGUUCUAAUAGAUGGGCCUCAUUUCAUCUGACUGCUCUGUGCUGGCUUUUUGGCUUACCAGCAAAGUGGUUGUAGGCAAAUGGCUUAUGUAGUUUUCUUCUGAUCAAAGUAUAUAUUACGCUAUGUGAACCAGCAAUGUUUGUGUAGGAAACUGAUGCUUGUUGUAGCCUAACUGAAGUGUGAAAAUCUGCCUAGACUUUGUUUUUCUUGGCGACUUGAGGAGCAGAAAGCAUGAGGCUUUCAAAUGUGACUUACUGCUGCAUAGAAAUCCAAAUGUAACACCUGUUUAUAGUACCUGAUCCCUUUACAGUCCUUUAGCUCCUUGAUAUGAUUUUACUUACAUUCAUUAGAGAUUAGAGACUGAUGACAUAUGAAGCAAAGUAAGUUCUUCAGCCACACACAAGUGACAAUCUUAUAUUACAGUAAAUCCCUAAGAAGAGCUUUGCUGUCAAAUCAAAGUUGCUCCAGCAGCUUAUUCUCGACAGUGGCUAGGCAUAUUGUUUACAUGGGGUUUAUUUUAAUUAAAAAUCAUAGAUAAUAGCUGGCCAUACACCUGUCCUCCAUUAAUUUGCCCAAGCCCUUUUAAAAGUCACUGACAAUCUCCAUAACUUAGUUUCUGCUUUGUGUGGUAAAAUAACUUUAUGUCAGUUUCAUGGGUGAUUCUGAGAUCUAGUUUUAAAGGAGGAAAAAAAUAUACCUGUCUGCUUUCUCCACCCAAUGCAUAAUUUAAAAAACCUCUAUCAAGACCCCACUUUAAUUGCCUUUGGCUUUCUAAAGCAAAAGCCCCAAACACUUUAGCCUUUCUUCCAAUAACAGUAUAAUUUUGGUUGCCCUUAUUCACCCAAUGUGCAUUUCUUAUACUUGCACUGAAUCUCAUUUGCAAUUUAUUGAAGUUUGAAGUGGAAUGAAAUGAUGUUUCCCCCUGAACUGAUACAACAUACACAGCUCCAGUCUUGGUGUUCCUGGCAAAUGUUCUCCCAGGGCUAUGCUCCUUCUGUUUUCACAGCUUUUACACAGCAGAGAGCAUUGGCAACCGAAUUCUGCUUACCAGACUUACCACAAUGCAAAUGCGCAUUCAGGCAGUUUGUGGAUUCAUGUCCACAAGCAACAUUUUGGAUGCUGCUUUGUAAACAGACACUGUGGUUCAUGUACAUUGUGGUUUACUUGUUUAUUAUAAGUCUGCCUAAACCAGUUUUGUACAGCUGUGGUUGUGAAAUUUGACUUGCUGGAAACUGACAUAAUGCAGAACAUACAGAACAUUGCUGUGUUGAAGGAUAGGAAGAGAGUGGACAUUAAUAUUGUUCACCUUUUAGAAAUAAUAUGCAAAUCAGAUUUUAUCUUUGUAAUGUUUGUGUGUUUCACUGGAUUAUUUAGUUGUCUAUGUUGCUAUAUAGGCCAAUUUCGUACCAGUUCAGUGGGUCUAGACAUAACAAAGAUGGGCUGAUGCCAAGAAGGUUACUUGCGUAUUGCCAAAAAACAGGAACAGCAUCACAAAAAAGGACAUUUGCAUGUGUGCGUUUAUAUGCAAAUUUAAGCAAUUAUUACUCGUUAUUUCAGGAGGAAUGCAAUGCAUUCCACCAUAACUGGAUAAACUUGUGGCUAGGUGGUCUGUGUGUUCACUCAGUCUGCUGUUCAGCUGUUUGUUGAUGGGCACAUUCAAAGCCCCUGCUCUCCUUACAGCUCUUUCUAAUUAAACUGGACGUAGAUUGGAUAGCUCUUCAAAUAGAGGUCUGAAAAGUAUGGCUCAGGGCCACCUCCCUAAUCAGUCUAGGGACAGUGCUUCAGUGUUUAGUUUCCUUUGGAUAAGAGGAAGCGUUGGACACCUACAGUGUCUUCAUAAAUUUACGGGGUCUUCACAACCGGAAGCAAGCAGAUUUCUAAAUAGGAAAACAGCUUGUAUCUAAACUCACAUCAGGUUCCUGAUGAACGUAACUCCACCCUAAGUAUGCAAUAACGCUCAGCUUUCUCUGCAUUCCCUGACUCAAAUUUCAAUGAAGUGUUUCUUUGGUUCCUAUCAGCAGAAGCACCCUCCAAAGUUAGGAGUGAAAAGCCAAUCAAGGAACAUCAAUGUUUCUUUGUUGAAGACUCUGACCACCCAAUGGCUGUCUUCAAGACAGCCAAACUCACAGCAUUAUUCUCAAUACCCAUUGCUAUGAGAGGUUAAUCUUUACAUUGUACGCAGAACACACUAUUCAGAAUUUGUUCAUGCCAUCAGGAACACUUUAUAGCACUCUGUGUUUGUCAACAGUGUUUGCCUGGACUAUAAUUGAGCACUGAUAAUCCAUCUGGCAGGUAGUGAUGGCAUAAAUAUGCCCAGUGGCCCUUUUUGUUCCACUAUACUAGAUUAGGCAAUUAUUCCUGAUUAAUUUUGUCAGUUCAGUAAACUAUGCUCCAUUUGGUUUUGUUAUACAGGAACUAAAAUUAUUCCGAUCUAGCCAUCUAUAUGACCCCCUUUUAAAUCCACAAAUAAAUGAAGGCAUCUAACAGUUAAAUCCUAAACAUACCUGCUCAGAAGUAAGCCCAUUGAGUCCAAUGGAACUUACUCCCAAAUUAGCACAGGGUGACAGCCUAAAUUCAUAAUAAUCAUGGGUGUUGCAUUGAAAUCUUCUUAAGCAACUCAAGCUGACAACUAAAAAUUGUUCCUGGUGUGUGCCUUUUAACCCCGCUUAUAUUAUUAACCCCGGCAAAUGCAUGGGUGGGGCAACAGUUGGCGUUAGUCCAUUAGCUGACAACCAUCUCUGACCUUUCCAUCUCCUCUUUCUCUUCACCAUUUAGAUCUUAAAUGGCUGUUCUAAGUGGUUGAACUAGAGGUUGAGGCAGAGAGUGAAAGGCCACCUGAGGCAAACUGUGAACCAACGGAAGUUGUGUUCUCAGAUGAUGAAGAGAACAACUCAUUGGAUGGCACAUCCAAGGCUAAAACACCUAAAAAGAAGGAUCCCGUCAUUGAGGUAUUUUCACAUUGGAAAUGGGAUUAAGAACACAGGUGCCUGACUUCCACAAAUGCUUUUUUUUUUUUUGCGAUGGAAUGGUUGUUGAGGCUGGCCCCGAAUCCAAUAGAAUUAUAAAACUGCAUGUAGGUCAUCUUAGGCCAAGAGUGAGGAACCUGUGGCCCUCCGGAUGAUGAAGAACUACAACUCCCAUCACCCCCAGCAAGCAUGCUGACUGAGGCUGAUGGGAGUUGGAGUCCAGUAACAUAUGGAGGACCACAGAUUCCCCACCCCUGUCCUAGACACAUCUAUCCAGAACUGGAAUGUGUCCUUUGAAUUAUGGGAGUGGAAUGUCCUCACAUUUAAAUAGUAUAGAGACGUUUUAAAAAGGUUUUUUCUCAAUCUACCUGUUAUGUACUGAAGUUCUCACCCUGGGCCAGCAGGGGGAUACUGUAGAUAGUUAUGCAAAUGAAGGAUCGAAAGUGACGUUCAGUGAUUGGAUAGUUUGUAUGCAAAUGAAGGAUCGAAAGUGACGUUCAGUGAUUGGAUAUUUUUAGAAAGUUGCUACAAUUACGUUGUUCUGGAGCUCUAUAUAAGCAGGCUGACUGAGCUCUUCAGUUCAGUUCAGUUCAGGCCUCUGAAUAAACAAGAGCUGUUUGAAGAAUCGCUGUGUCGUCUGAUAUGUUCGCCCACAGCUUAACACUACCAAUGUUCUAGGAUUGGAAAACCUUCAUUUUAAGGGAGAACCCUGUUUCAAAUCCACUCUCCCCACCACCGAAAGGUGUGGAAAACGGUUAAGGCUCUUGCCUUUCCUUAUCGUCUGUGCCAUGUAAGCAGCAAAGAAACUGUUCAAUGUCACAUAUUAUGUUUGGCAGCAAUUUAGCCUUCAUGCACUUAGGUUUUGCCUUGCUCUUUUAGCUCCAGUCUCUGCCUGCAAGCGCAGUAAUAAUGACGUUGGGGUCACAGACAUAUAAAUGGUUGAAAUGUACAAGCACCUCUCUUUUUAAAACGUUCUGUGUCUGACAAGCAACCUUUUUAAAAAUACAGUGGUACCUUGGUUCUCGAAUGGCUUAGUUGCCAAACAAAUUGGUUCCCAAAUGCUGCAAACCUGGAAGUGUUUGCGAACGUUUUUUGGAAGCUGAACGUCCGACGCGGCUUCCGCUUGAGUGCAGGAAGCUCCUGCAGCCAAUCGGAAGGCGCGCCUUGGUUUUUGAACGGUUUUGGGAGUUGAACGGACUUCCAGAAUGGAUUAAGAACCAAGGUACCACUGUAGUAAGCUGCAGCUGCUUCCAGGACAGGGCCUCUCAUGAGGCAAAGUGAGGUGACUGCCUCAGGCUGCGGGAUCUAGAGGGGCAACAUAUCUGGUCUCCAAGGAACCCUUGCCCGCUGCAACAUGCUUCUUGGAGGCCAGAUCUGCCAACUUCUUGGCAGCCCCACCAGUGCCUCUUCUGUGAUGGCUUCUUAGUGAAUAGGAGGCGCUGCUGGUGUUGCUCCACCUUAAGGGAGGAAAUGGUGGUGGCUGCCCUCUGGGGUCUCUUGGGUCCCUCCCCCCUGCCCCCCAACAUCCUUUGCUCCCCACUUCAACUGUCAGGUAAGGCUGAUUUGAUUCCCCCCACCUUGUUCCUGAUGCAUAUCUUCAUUCCCGCCUCCCCUGCCCCCAAUUUAUUUCUACGCUCCCCCUUCCGUUCUUCCCUGGCGCAGGGAGACAAUUUUGUGGUUCGCCUCGGGUGCCUAAUUGUCUUCAGCUGGCCCUGUCUGCUCCCUGUGGAAAUAUAUAGGGGAACCAUAUGCAAAAGCAGCCAAGCUCUUAGAGUUCAGUUCUGUUCAUGACUAGGCAGAAGUAAAAGUAGCAUAGCUGCUGUUCAAGUAUUAUCAAGAGCAGCGAGCUUGUGGAUUUGCUCUGUCCGUAAUCCUUUUUAAGUGCCAGCCAAACCUUUAUAAAGAUUAUCUUAAGGUACACAGUUCAGUCCUAUAGUAGUGUCAUUGCUCAGUGCUUUAUCCAGACUGCAGAGGCAGAAGACUGAAAGACUAAGGGGGGAAAGUAUAGGUGCCUAGAGCCUCAAUUGUAAAUGAGCACAAUAGUUGAUCCUGUAUAAGACCUUGAUUGUACACAUGUUUUAUUAUGCUAUUAUAUUUGUUGGAAGCUGCCCAGAGUGGCUGGGGCAACCCAGUUAGAUGGGCAAGGAAUAAUAAUAAUAAUAAUAAUAAUAAUAAUAAGGCAGCUUUCGUGGUUGGGGGACAUGGGUGAAUAUGCAGUAGCCUUUUCUUGUACAUUGAAGGGUUUCUUAAAAACAAUUAAAAAAUGCUGGAAUUUCCUUGAUUUUGAAAAGGGAACUCCCUGCACUACAUGAGCAUUUUCAGAGAGCGGGAGAGGUAGGCGACAGCAAAUGUGAAGUUCACUCUGGCUCUGUAAUUCUUCACAUUUAUCCUGAAGGUGUUAAAAGAAGUUUACAUACAUUAUCACAAUAAACGUUCAAUCAACCCUGUUGGUUGGGCUGUCGUCUUCUUCUUCUUCAUUAUCCAUGUUUUUAUUAUUACAUUAUUACAUUAAGUUUGUCUAAAACAUUCAAGAUUCAAGAGGUGUGCUGUGCAUACAAUGUAGACCACUGUUUUCCCCAUAAUACCCCAAUGGAGUAGCCUAAAACUGUCAGAGCAACUAACAACAAACCUGGAAUGUUAGACUGUUCUUCUCUUGGUUUGCAGUCUGUGAUAACUCACUGAUGGAUCUCAGAAAAGAAUGUGUUCACCGCCCUUUGAGGAAAUGAACCAAACCAUAGGCUGCCACUGAAGUCACAUUAUGGGUUAUAAGAGUCAAAUAACUACGCUGUAGGAAACAUAUAGGGAUGCGGGUGGCGCUGUGGGUUAAAGCACAGAGCCUAGGACUUGCCGAUCAGAAGGUCGGCGGUUUGAAUGCCCGCGACGGGGUGAGCUCCCGUUGCUCGGUCCCUGCUCCUGCCAACCUAGCAGUUCGAAAGCACAUCAAAGUGUAAGUAGAUAAAUAGGUACCGCUCCGGAGGGAAGGUAAAUGGCGUUUCCGUGCGCUGCUCUGGUUUGCCAGAAGCGGCUUAGUCAUGCUGGCCACAUGACCCAGAAGCUGUACGCCAGCUCCCUCGGCCAAUAAAGCGAGAUGAGCGCCACAACCCCAGAGUCGGCCACGACUGGACCUAAUGAUCAGGGGUUCCUUUACCUUUAGGAAACAUAUAUACCAGGGGUCAGCAACCUUUUUCAGCCGUGGGCCGGUCCACUGUCCCUUAGACCAUGUGGUGGGCCAGAUUAUAUUUUGGAGAGAAAAAAUGAACGAAUUCCUAUGCCCCACAAAUAACCCAGAGAUGCAUUUUAAAUAAAAGCGUACAUUCUACUCGUGUAGAAACAAGCUGAUUCCCGGACUGUAUGCAGGCCAUAUUGAGAAGGCGAUUGGGCCGCAUCUGGCCCCCGGGCCUUAGGUUGCCUACCCCUGAUAUAUAUGUUUUAAAGGUGGGGAAUAAACACAGAGAUGAAUUGAUCAAUAUGAAUUCUCCCAACUCUCCUUUAUACCCAGCUCUACGUUUGUGGAGGCCCCCAGCAAAGUGCUCAGCAGUCGUCCCUCCCUACAUGGGUGGGCUUACCUGGCAGCGAGGGUGAGAGCAGCAGGUGGCCAUUGAGUUCCCUCAAAUUCCUCUGGAGUGACACUAUAUAUGCAGGGCAUUGCGAUAAAUUAAAACGGUGACUCACAGACUCAGACAUCCGGGCAAGUGUCAGGUGUUGGCGGGCCCUGCCUGAGAGCUUGUGGCCUUGGCAGCUGCCCAAGAGUGUCAGGAGCUGAUGCCAGGCCUGGCAGCUCCCCUCCUUCCCUUUGUCUCACAGCUCAUACGGGAUGCUGCCCCCUUCCCCGCCUACUGGCUUCCGCUGCUGCAGUUUCUUCAGGACAAAUAGUUUUAUUUUAGGAAGCAGGCUCCACGCAGCUUCUGUUUGGCAAUCACACCUGCUGCAUUACUUGCUCGUACAGUGAAUCAGUUUGCAAAUAAUAAUAAUAAUAAUAAUAAUAAUAAUAAUAAUAGAAGAAGAAGAAACCUCAUACGCAAAGUACCGUAUUUUUCGCUCUAUAAAACGCAUAUUUCCCCCCCCAAAAAAAUUAAGGGGAAAUGUGUGUGCGUCUUAUGGAGCGAAUGCAGGCUCCUUGAUUUCAGCAAUAGCAAUGCGAAGCCUCCAAAGCGCAGUGGGAGCGCUUCCACCACGCUCCGGAGGCUUCGGGUUCCUUUCGCUGAAGGGUAGGUGCCCCUUUAGCUAAGCGGGAGGAGAAAUGGAAGGGGCUCCGUUUCUCCUGCCGCUUCGCUGAAGGGGAGCUGCGCAGAGAGGGGGAGAAUUUUCCCCCCCUUGUUCUCCCCCUCUAAAACAAGGUGCGUCCUAUGGUCGGGUGCGUCCUAUAGAACGAAAAAUAUGGUACUCAGCCCAGCCCAGCUUCACGCAGUCUCACAGUUUAAGGGGAGUUAGAACAAUAAAACAAUAAAUUAAAACAACAAAAAAGAGCACUGAGAGGAAUUAAAAAGUAAAACGGAAGAGGGAAUAAAAACAGGUGCUAAGAAUUGGUUAUAUAGCAGAGAUUUGCCUUAGAGUUGACCUUAGAGCUCUAAGCCCUGCUCCAAGCACUCGGCAGCCAUCUUGGUCUCUGCUCCUCAUAUGUUUUUGUAAUACAGUGGUACCUCGGGUUAAGUACUUAAUUCGUUCCGGAGGUCUGUCCUUAACCUGAAACUGUUCUAAAUCUGAAGCACCACCUUAGCUAAUGGGGCCUCCUGCUGCCGCUGCGCCGCCUCUGCACGAUUUCUGUUCUCAUCCUGAAGCAAAGUUCUUAACCUGAGGUACUAUUUUUGGGUUAGCAGAGUUUGUAACCUGAAGCGUAUGUAACCUGAAGCAUAUGUAACCCGAGGUACCACUGUACAGUAGACGCUUGGGUUGCGAAUGUAAUCCGUGCGGGAGGCACAUUCGCAGCCCACAGCACCGCAUCUGCACAUGCGUGGGUCGCAAUUCGGUGCUUCUGCACAUGCGCAAAGUGCGAUUUAGUGCAUAUGCGCAAGUGCCGAAACCUGGAAGUAACCCGUUCCGGUACUUCUGUGUUCGGCGCGGUGCGCAACCCGAAAACAUGCAACCUGAAGCGUCUGCAACCCAAGGUAUGACUGUAUAUAAGAUUUUCAGCAGACCAUUGAUAGGAUGGCCUCUACAAUAUUCUUGAAUUCUGAAUGUCGUCAUCAAAUGAACCAGAUGUUCAUUCUCUAGGGCAAUGGGUGUUUCACUGUAGCCUUCUCUUUUGUCUAAUUGGCUAGGUCUGCUUUUCUCAGUCAUUCUAAGACGUCAGCAUUGGUUAAAGACAGUGAAAAGGUGUGAGCAGCGUCCUGGUUUCUCACGAAAUAAAUGAGAACACUGCCCGUACAUUUUGCCUCACAUCUUGGGUCCCCCAAGUGCUAGCAACUUUAUUUUAAAUGAAAGAAAGCGGAGAAUCAAGGGGUUGCGGCUUAUCCAGGGAACACAGCUGCCCCUCCUUGUGAGCACUGAUGAUGGUGCAAUGCUUCGCUAGUCUCAUCUGAUCUCCUACCUAAUAUCAGUGAGCCACAGCAGUUGUGCCUCAUGUGUGGGAAAGGGAACGGAAUGUGUUGUGUAAUACCAUAAAAGUGUACCUGCAUAGCUGCUUGGUUCCUUCCAUUUGUGGGGGCAUCAGAAGUGAUGUGAUUAUGGUGAGACUGUUGCUAUGGACUUUGUAGGAGUGGCUGUGUUAGCUCUCCAUUCUAGUAGUAUUAUUAUUACGCUUUGGCAUUGUAGCUGGUGGGAAAGCCUACGAUUCUAAUCAGGCUGGUAUAAGCCCCAGCACAGCAGCAGCUAGUUGAGGUUAGAUCAUAGAAUUGUCCUGCCAUCUCAUUCAUGGGUAGGCAAACUAAGGCCCGGGGCCAGAUCAGACUCAGUCACCUUCUAAAUCUGGCUUGCACUCCAAUUUUAAAAAUCCACAAGGAGCUGGAACCUUUGAAACAACACUGCUUUUAACAACCUUUAAACCAUGGGUAGGCAAACUAAGGCCCAGGGGCUGGAUCUGGCCCAAUCACCUUCUAAAUCUGGCCUGUGGACGGUCCGGGAAUCAGCGUGUUUUUACAUGAGUAGAAUGUGUGCAUUUAUUUAAAAUGCAUCUCUGGGUUAUUUGUGAGGCAUAGGAAUUUGUUCUCUCUCUCUUUCUUUCCUCUUCAAAAUAUAGUCCGGGCCCCCACAAAGUCUGAGGGACAGUGGACUGGCCCCCUGCUGAAAAAGUUUGCUGACCCCGGUCUAAUUCUUGAUUUGAAUGCUUGCUUUCAAUGCAUCUUUAGUUUAAUAACAGGCCUUCGCUGUGCAAUUUACAACUUGCCAAAAAACCAUGUAAUAUCCAUAGCAUGGAAAAAACCCACAGGCACCAGUAUUUAAAAUACCUCCCGAAAGCUCAUAGUAUGGGAGAAAAUUUGUUAUAUGAGUUUAAAAAUGGUAAUAUGUUGAUGGGCAGGUUCUGCUCUUAGUGUGGCAAAUAGGUUUGUCUGAGGAGCCUUUCUGAAUUAAUAUAAUGCAAUAUUUAUCAGAAUAAAAGAUUCUGAUAAAUGAAGCACCUAACCUAACCAUUCAGUCUGCAUCCAAUUCUAAUUAAGUAGCUGAAGACAGCGUUCAAACAAAUGUCAUAUUUUGAGCCCUAAGGAACAAAAUUAAUAUUUUUUUUUAGCUACUCAGAUAUUAGUCUGUUUUCUGUUAGUGAAGAUGUAUACAGUCGGAGAUGUCAGCAAAUGCAAGGUUAAGUUGUUUCAGUAACGUAUAUUCUGUUGUAAUGAGGGAGUAGCUGUCACUGAAAGCAAUUCUUGAACCAUUGCUAUGUUAGCAUUGUUUCAUGAAAAAGUCAGCAACCUGAAAUGGAAUUAGUGUAUUAUGACACGGCCUCAUCAGAUAUGGACGGAGAAGUUUCUGAGAAUAUAUCCAUGUGAAAGUACACUGGAAUGGAGAGAGGAGAAGUAAGCAAGCAAAUGGGAGUGGGGUGAUGGUAGGAAACUACUACUUUUUGUACAUUUACAGUGGUAGGUAAAGGUAAAGGGACCCCUGACCAUUAGGUCCAGUCGUGGCCGACUCUGGGGUUGCGGCGCUCAUCUUGCUUUACUGGCCGAGGGAGCCGGCGUACAGCUUCCGGGUCAUGUGGCCAGCAUGACUAAGCCGCUUCUGGUGAACCAGGUCAGCGCACGGAAAUGCUGUUUACCUUCCCGCCAGAGCGGUACCUAUUUAUCUACUUGCACUUUUGACGUGCUGUCGAACAGCUAGGUUGGCAGGAGCAGGGACCAAGCAACGGGAGCUCACCCCGUCGCGGGGAUUCGAACCGCCGACCUUCUGAUCGGCAAGCCCUAGGCUCUGUGGUUUAAUCACAGCGCCACUCAAGUCCCUUUUACAGUGGUACACCACUUUAAAAAAUACAUACUGCAGUUCUGGAAGGAAGCGAAGGCAGUCAAUGGCAGGGAAUUCAUUUCUUUGGCCUGAGAAAUCAAUAACCCCAACUAGUUUAUUAUGGCUUUCACUCUUAAAGGCACCUGCUUAUUUAUCAAGUGCAUGGAGAUGUUCUGUAUACAUGGACUGAGGUACUGGGGAGAAUAAAGCAAAAUAGCAAUAGGGGGAAAGUUCUGUGUUCCUUUCCAUGUUGUGCGAUGAGGCUGAGGCUCACUAUGUUGGAUUCUCUGCCAAUAUGGUGCUCAAAGGAGCAAAUUUGUUAGAUAAUCAACAAGCUGUUAAGUCCACUCUCAUCCUUUCUUCCUUCUGCCACUGGGAGAGAUCAUUAGGGGGGUUGAAAUGGGUGUUCAUCAGUACGUGGAUGAUACCCAGCUCUACCUCUCUUUUAAAUCAGAACUAGUGAAGGCGGUGAAUGUUCUGUGUGAGUGUCUGGAGGCAAUUGGAGGAUGGAUGGUGUCUAACAGAUUGAGGUUGAAUCCUGACAAGACAGAAGUACUGUUUUGGGGGGGCAGGGGGUGGACAGGUGUGGGGGACUCUCUGGACCUGAAUGGGGUAACUGUGCCCCUGAAAGACCAGGUGUGCAGUCUGGGAGUCAUUUUGGACUCAUAGCUGUCCAUGGAGGCGCAGGUCAAUUCUGUGUCCAGGGCAGCUGUCUACCAGCUCCAUUUGGUACGUAGGCUGAGACCCUACCUGCCCACAGACUGUCUCGCCAAAGUGGUGCAUGCUCUAGUUAUCUCCUGCUUGGACUACUUCAAUGUGCUCUACGUGGGCCUACCUUUGAAGGUGACCCGGAAACUACAAUUAAUCCAGAAUGCGGCAGCCAGACUGGUGACUGGGAGCGGCAUAUAACACCGGUCCUGAAAGACCUACAUUGACUUCCAGUAUGUUUCUGAGCACAAUUCAAAGUGUUGGUGCUGACCUUUAAAGCUCUAAAUGGCCUCGGCCCAGUAUACCUGAAGGAGCAUCUCCACUCCCAUUGUUCAGCCUGGACACUGAGAUCUAGCUCCGAGGGCCUUCUGGCGGUUCCCUCACUGCGAGAGGUGAGGUGACAGAGAACCCAGCAGAGGGCCUUCUUGGUAGUGGUGCCCUCCCAUCAGAUGUCAAGGAAAUAAACAACUAUCUGACUUUUAGAAGACAUCUGAAGGCAACCCUGUAUCGGGAAAUGUUUAAUGUCUAAUGUUUUACCAUUUUUAAUGUGCUGUAAGCUGCCCAGAGUGGUUGGGGAAACCCAGCCAGAUGGGCGGGGUAUAAAUAAUAAAAAUAUUACUAUUAUUAUUACAGUGGUACCUCGGGAUGCAAACAGGAUCCGUUCCGGAGCCCCGUUCGCAUCCUGAAGCAAACUCAACCCGUGUCCAGGCGUCACGGGUCGCGUUUUGCCGCUUCCGCGCAUGCGCGUGAUGAAACCAUGGAGCUCAACCCGAAAAUACUUAACUUGAAGCACAUUUAUCCCAAGAUAUGAUUGUAUUAUUAUUAUUAUUAUUAUUCUGUAGCUCUAUGUUUAUCAGCCUGACAAGAUCCAAUAAAGUACUCCACCUCCAUCUUUUGGGAUGCCUUGGAUUUAUACCAGCGCAGAGUACAUUAUUUUGGUGCUAAACAUUAGAAUCGUAGAGCUGUAGAAUUAGAAGGGACCACGACCGUUCUGGGAGGUGGAGGCAGCCUUACCCCUGUUCUGGAGCUGAAGAUCCUCACUUGCUAAAUUCCUGCACAAAUUGACUCGCAUCUCUGGUGGCUAAAUGAAUGGAAAGACUAACCAACGCUGCCUUUUGUUUUUGACAGGCACCGCCUAGGAGCCUUAGACCUCGUUUCAGGAAAAAAAGUACCUCAUCCUCGACCACUGAAACCAUGUGAGCGUGAUGAGCCAUUAGCACCGAAAUCCACGGAAUGUCUCUCUUCUGCCUUAAAAGAUCUACUCCGUUAAUAAUGUAGGGGGAAAAACAGUGGUGAGAUGGAUGUGCUUUUGAUACUGCAACGUUAUAAACAUGGCCUUUCUCGCUUCCCUUUCCAUUUGCUGUGGGUUCCCUGACCGUUUCUGUGGCAUUGCAAACCCAGAAGGCAAAAGCAACGCCCCCAGAUUUCUUUGCAGAGUGGCAGUUCUUUCAGCUAUGCUAGUGAGGCUGUACAUUUGUAAUUACUCCUUACAUCAGCUUAGUUUUUAGCUCUGUGAGUGCAACCAGGAAAAUAAUUAUUCACCUGUUCUAAAUACUUGCAUCCAUCCUAUUUAUUUUGGGCUUCAUAAUGUAUAGAGUGGCAGGGGCCACAGAUUUUUCUACCCAAGCUUUCACCAUCAUAUCUUUAUUACAAGACUGUGAAUGAUAUGACAAAUCAUGAAUUCUUUUCACUGUACAGGUGUUAGACAUGAGCUUAAUCGCCCUCCCCGCCCCCUGUAAAUUUUAUUUAUUGUAACUCAGAUACUGCGUGUACUCCUGAAAAAAUAGAGCCAGAGGAUUUUAGAGGAGGAGGAACUCACAGAUGCGUGCACACACAUACACACAUGUACGUAUUAUCACAAGAUAUGGGAGCAGAGGCACUUUGGUUUUGACGACAGUGAUUGGCUGAGGCUGACAUCCUAAGCAUAUUUACCCGGAUGAAAGUCAUGCUGAAAUCAGUCAGACUUGGUAAACAGAAUUAGGAUUGCAUUGUUAAGUAUAUUAUGCAUAAAAGAAACUAACGUUAUAACUCUUGGCCAACUUAAUGAGCAUGCCUACAGCAUGCAGUCAUAAUAAAUGCUAGGAGGUAAACCAGAAUCACAUUAGCAAAGUGUGAGUUGGCCUAUGUGAAAGUCAGCCAGGUCUGCAGAUGGGAUUUUAAUCGUAACAUUUUCCCACCAGGUAUGUAGGCAUUUCUUUCAGAGAAAGAUAGUGGAAGACUGUAACCAAACUCCCUCACGUAAUGCAAAGAUUUUGGCUGUAGUUAGCUUCUGGUAGAGUUCACAAUAGUCUGUAGAUCCCACGGUGCGUUUGUAAUUUUAGAGAGGUACAAAAUGAGGAAACCGUACUAGGGUUUGUGUAUUCGUGCUUCAGAUUGGUGUCUCUUGUAAGUGUUGAGCAUGUAAAAUCUAAUUCUGUAGACAAUUGUAUGUGUUAAUUAGAAUAUUUAAUAUUGUAGAAUAUAAAAGAUCUUGCCACUGAGAUCAGAUGGGUAGAUUGCAAAUGAUACUACUGACCUCCUAAAUGUGUAGCAGGGAUUUAGGUGGCUGUGUUUCAGGUUCCAAGAUUAGCACUAUGAAAUGUCUGUUAAAUAUUUUUGUUUGGGGUUUAAGAAUCCAUAUCCUAGCCUCCCUUCAUGCUUCUUAAAUGUUAAUUUGGAACUUCUUAAAUUUUUUGAAAAGCCUUAAAAAAUCCAACCGUUGCAUAAGCAUGUAUCAGCAUGGUUACUGCCGUGCAAGAAAACAAAAACAGAUGCCUCCAACAGUUACCAUAUUUGGAUCUGUUGCCAUUUCAGUCAACAAAUGAAUAAUUUAGAUGGCAGCUAGAAAAUAUUCAGUUGUAGCACAAAAGCUCAAUUUUGGGGGAGUUUGGCUAGCAUAUUUGUUGAGCAGUUUUUUGAAGUCUGUAUACCGUAUUUUUCGCUCUAUAACAUGCACCCGACCAUAACACGCACGUAGUUUUUAGAGGAGGAAAAUCCGUAGGCAUGCCACCCGUAGGCAUUUCCUCCAUAACACGCACAGACAUUUCCCCUUACUUUCUAGGAGGAAAAAAGUGAGUGUUAUGGUGCAAAAAAUACGGUACAUUCACGCACAGAAUUCAAAGUUGUCUGCGACAUCAGCAAAAUAACAUUAUCUCACAAGCAGGUAACUUUUGCCAAUAUAUACCGCUAUGUGUGACGGAAUAAAAUGAGAAAGUGGCGAUUUUGUAUUUAAUUAUGCCAAAAAGACACCUUUGUAAAUUUCUCCUUGUAUGCUCAUUCUACCUAAAGCGAACCGAUGUCUAUCUGACCUGCUGUUUUACUGACAAGUAUGACUGUUCUAGAGUUCCUGUUGUUUAGUGCUAAGGUGAAACUCUCUGAAUUGCCUUAUCUCUCAAAUUAAAUUCACUGUAAGAAAAAAAAAAUCACUGGUAGUUGUGCUAAUCAAUCAGUUGAACUGUGUUAUCUGUGUAUAGAUCAGUGAGAAACAUGAAUGGCUAAAUAAGUGUAGCACUUAUGUUCCAUACAUUUUUUAAAUCUGCAAUACAAUGGAAGCAGGUUGUUCACAGCCUUGGCUGAGACAUGUGCAUCAAAACAUAUCAGCUUCCAGCAUUUUGAACACUCAAGACUUGUACUCUCUACCAAUUUACUAGGGCUAUCCAUUUUAUUUUCAGUAGAAGGCUCCUAUAUAAUUUAAUUUCAUGUACACAUUGGGGAUUAAUACGCUUUACAGUCUUGCUCUGGUUCUCUAGUCUUACCUCCUCGGACCAAUACUGGGGGUCAGCUUUCCAUAGCCAACUUUAGCUUCCACAAUGCUCUGUUUCUGCCGAUCUUUAUUUUGUGUUAGAUGUAGAACCACGCCCUUCCAGCAGAUGUCAAAGCGAUAAACAACUACCUGACAUUCAGAAGACAUCUUAAGGCAGCCCUGUUCAGGGAAGUUUUUAACAUGUGAUAUUUUACUGUAUUUUUGGUUUCUAUGGAAGCCGCCCAGAGUGGCUGGGGAGGCCCAGCCAGAUGGGCGGGGUAUAAAUAAUAAAUUAUUAUUAUUAUUAUUAUUAUUGAACAGAGGCGGACUUUGGUACUCUUUGGUAACAGGGCGUCCUGCGAGAGCCCCAAAUUUGGUGCCCCCAAGUGGUUCUUCUCAAUUUUGUACCCACUCAGCUCAUUGCCCUAUGUCGGGGAACUGCCUGCAUCACCCCAAAUCCAGUGCUACAUAGAAUCAUAAAGUUAGAAGGGACCGCCGGGGAGAGAACAGUGAACCACACAAGGACUGUGGCUCUCCAGCACAGUACUGCUUCUGUUGCUACAAUUCUAGUAUUGUAAAACUAUGGGGAGGGUUCCCAAACAUGUAACUGUAAAAUGUUCUUUAUGCUAGGAAAAUAGCCAACUUCACAAGAGAACAGGCUAUUAUGGCUUAGUUGCGUAUGCCCACGUAUCAGUACUGAUCUAAUUACCAAAGUUUCUCACCCGUCACUAUUCAUGGGGAUAGACCAUAGCUCAACGGUUGAGCACAUGCUUCGGUUCCACCUUCUACCUGCAGAAGGUUCCCGUUUCAAUCCCUGGCCCCUCCAGUUUAUGUUCAUGUGACAUACCUCUGCCACAGACUCUGGAGAGCUGUUGCCUGCCAGUGUAGACAGUACUGAGUCUACUCUGGUAUGAGGCACAAGGUCUGACUAGAUGACGCUCAGGGUGCCUUUCAACUCUACAAUUCUGUGAAGUCAGACAUUGGCCUAUCUAGCUACUGGAGAGCCAGUGUGGUGUAGUGGUUAAGAGCGGUAGUCUCGUAAUCUGGGGAACCGGGUUCGCGUCUCCGCUCCUCCACAUGCAGCUGCUGGGUGACCUUGGGCCAGGCACACUUCUCUGAAGUCUUUCAGCCUCACUCACCUCACAGAGUGUUUGUUGUGGGGGAGGAGGGGAAAGGAGAAUGUUAGCAGCUUUGAGACUCCUUAGGGUAGUGAUAAAGCGGGAUAUCAAAUCCAAACUCCUCUUCUUCUGGUGGCAGCAAGAAAAAUAUUUUAUUUCAAUGUAAAUCAAAGAACUUCACCAGUUUUAAAACUAAAACACGGGGGGGGGGGGAAUGCUGAACAUAAAGUUGGGAUGCUCUCUAGCCAGUUGUAAACAACCUGCUACCUUCAAGCUGUACUCUGCAAGAUAAUUGUACUCUUAUGUAGCUGAUACAUGUACUUGUGCCUAAAUGCUUGUUAAUUAGUCUCUUUUGCAGUAUUUUUUUGCGAGUACCUGCUUUGCACUUGGCACACUAUUUGAAAUUGUCAAGAGCACUGUAUUUUAGAAAGUAACACAAGUGGCCAAUAUCUGAGGCUGGUAACGGGGCACUUAAUAUUGUUUGUUUCCACUGAUCCAUAGCAAAGACAUGCUAGGCUAGAACGUUGAAAAAUGCAUUGUAAGAUCACAUACUACAACAGUAUUCCAAAGGUCAAUGUUUUGUUAUAAUGCUUGAUAUACAUCUUGAAAAUAAAGUCUUAAAUUUUUCUUUU